UGUUGGAAUUCUGCCUGGGUCAGAGGAAUGUGCCACAGCGUAGGCACCGGCAGAUAUUCCUGUCGACCUCCCCGCGUCUCCACUCUGCUGAUAAGCAGGCGAGGUCCGGCGAUUCUUCUCAGAUGUAUGAGAGGAACUCACCGUUCUUCUUCUCUCCCGUUUGGUGUCCCCAGGGAGGGAAAGAAGCAGACAGAAAACUAUUUACAUCAUUUAUUUCUGCCUCUUACAUCAGUACAGAGAAUCAUGUCUGCACUCAACAACAGCAAGAAGAAACUCCUCCCAAGUACAUCCAGUACGGGUCAUAUGACACACACACACUGAGCUAACAUCCGGUGCUCAGUACAGAAUGGACUGCCCCUUUGUUCCCAUGGCAACAGUCACAAACAUCCUGUCUGGCUUUCCAGCCACAAGCAGCUGGCUGAGCUGCUAGAGCCUUUGCUUGCUGCAGCAUUGGUGCUUUAUGGUAACAUACUCCCCUAAAGUAUCAAUGUGUGCCGCGAGCAAAGCGUCAUCCAGAGAAGAAAACAAACAGUUGUUAUAUUUAUAACAUUCCCCUGUUGUUUCAGUUCCACCCUUGGAACUACCCGCCACUGGUUUAACCAAUGUACCUCUCUGGUUGUCUGGCUUCCAAGGAAUGAGUGCUUCUGCAUUACCUUGGCUAGCUACCCUCUGUUGUGUCUUUGUCUCUGACGUAGACACUGCUUCAACCUGCUUUGAGUUGUUAACAAUAGCAACACAUGCAACAGCUAAGUUAGCAAACUCUUUUGAGUACCUCUUUGGUGGUACACCCUUUGUAACUCUCUCAGACCUGCGUAUGAGGUUCUGAUCUUCUGUGCUCACUGGUUCAACCUUUGGACUCUGUUGAGAACCAGUAGCAAUCAGUGGUUCAUCCUCCUCUUCUGAGGGUCUAGUCAUUAUGUGAGAUUUCCUCUCAAUGACUGUGACAACUGAGCUGUCUGAGCUAUCGCUGUCAUCAUCAGUACUACUGAACUCAAUAAGAUCAAACUCAUCAUCAUCAUCAUCAUCAGAAUCGUUUCCUGUGGGAAAUGUCUGUACUAUCCGCUCUUGCUUUGGAGCACUCUCUAGGAACUUUGUGAGAAUCACCUGACCAGAUUCAGACAAAAUUACUCUGUAGAGACCUUUUUCAUAACCCACAAAAAUGCCUCUGGCAUUCUUUACACCACCUGGAGCUUCUGUUCUCACAUGAGACCCGAAAACCUUAAAAUAGGCAACAGAAGGUUUUCUAUUGAACAGCUUCUCAAAAGGAGAACAUCCCAACUCUGUUGAGACCUUUCUCAGCCACACAUGAAGAUAGGACGCUAGCGAUUCGGCCCAAUAUUCAUGUGGCAAAUGUGAACUCAGCAAUUGCGCAUUCAUCCCCUUUUGCAAUUCUUUGUUCACUUUUACACAGACCCCCCUGUUCCACGCUUCUUGCGAGACUGCAACUUUGUGGUCUAUCCCUUUUCCAUCCAGGAACUUCUGAAACUUCUGCAACAGAAAAAUUUGCUUCUCAUCUGUGAAAAGACAAUCAAUGUUAGCAUCAUGCAUACUUUUAACCUUGUCACAAAACUCCUGAAACUUUUCUAAAGUUUCUUGCAGUUUCUCCAUCAUAUAAACCCAAGAAUAAUUAGUGAAACAAUCCACACACACAAGGUAAUAUUUUGCACCGCCUCUAGAUGGUUCUAGAGGACCAAUCACAUCAGCAUACACCCGCUGAAAUGCUCUGUUGACCUUCUUGGUCUUAGUCACCUUCCUGGUGCUCACACUGGUCACACCUGCAAGAGAGAUUUCGUUAGAAUCAGAAGAAUUACAUUUCAUGUAAUCACUUUGAUCAAAAGUCAACAAAUACAGUCCAUCUUUCUCUUUGGCAGUAAGAAACAGUUCUCCAUCUUUGUAGAUCUUGCAGCUUUUAGCAUCAUAGGACAGUUUCAGUCCUUUCUUUGCAAUCUGCGACACGCUCAGCAGAUUAAAUCUCAGUUCUGGAACCAGGUAAACAUCACUUAUAGUCAAGUUCAGACUUUCAAGAUACACAGUCCCAAUUCCAGUUGCUUCCAGCUCCUGACCGUUGGCCUGUUUCACAGUGAAGCUUUGCUUCUUCAACGUCGAAAAUAGUCCUCUGUGCGGGCACAUGUGAACCGUUGCGCCCGUGUCAAUUAUGAACGAGUUCCCAACAUCUGGCGUGGUUCCUUUCGCCAUCAUAGCCUUUGCAGGUUUCACCUGGCACUUGGUACGGCUUUUGCCUGACGCCUGAGGCUUCGUAGAGCUGCUCUUUGCUCCUCUUGACUGGCGCGGCUUCUUACAGUUUCGCUGUAGAUGCCCAGUCUGUCCACAAUUGUAGCAUCGGACAGCACUCAAUGCUACACCAUGCUCUCCAGUAGCAUCAGCAGUGGGGAAUUAGAACUCUGUUCUUCCCUCCCCUGUCUUUUUCUUCCAGUGCAGCAAGUCUGUCGUGUUCAUUCAGGACCACAGCACAAACUCUCUCCGCGGUCAGCUGCGCGGCCGGUAGGGAACCAAGCUGACUGGCAACAACCUUGUAGGUGCGGCUAAGGCUGUUUAUCAUCAUGAAGCAAAACACUUCCUCCUGAAGACGGAAAUUGCGUUCCACCAUCUGUUGACGCAGAAACUUCAUUUCUGUCAGGUGCGCUUGAACAUCUCCAUCAGGCGCAAGUCUCAGAUUGGUCAAUUUCUCAAAAUACAGCAACGCUGAAGAACCAGCAUCUCUCUGAUGCGUUGUACGCAGCGUGUCCCAUACCUCUUUCGCAUUUUCUAAAUGCUGAACAUGCACCAACUGAUCAUCUGAGACACACAGAAUUAUAGCAGUCCUGGCCCUUACAUUCUGUGACUCCCAACCUCUGGUUGGUGCUGCAGGGAUGGGGUUUUCAAUUACAUCAAAAAGCCUCUGAUUCUGCAGCAGGGCCUUCAUCUUUACAGACCAAGAUGAAUAAUUGUCAUUGGUUAAGGGAGGUGGGCAAGGCAAACCUCCCCCUUUCUUGGCAUCCAUCUUGAAGCCAAGCCUCCAGCUCACAAUGUCAAACAAACUGUAAAAUCCAACAGUCGUUUUUCCUUUCUCACGCAGCAAACUGCAAAUUGUUUACGCUCUUUUUGCACCUGGCAGCUAAACUCAGGCUGCUAUUGAAAAGUCCCUUCCAAGAGCUCGUAAACCUUGUAGCCAAAACAUUCUCUGGUUUUGUUUCGCUUUCCCAGGCUUACACUCAGAGUCCAGCCCCUUGCCAGUAACUUUCCAGGACCGUUGCCUAGCAACAAUGCAUUUCAAUGGGACUCCUUAUCUACCACAAAAAUUUGUGGAAUGCAGGCUUCAGCCUUCAAGCUGCAGGCCUCUUCCUCCGGAGCUUUUGUUUUCUUUGAAACGCAGCUCCGUGAACCAGGGGAUUAAUCUUCCUGCGUUCACACUUUAAGCCCGAAAUGCAGCAUACCUUGAACUUUGUUGCUCUGGAAAACACCUCUUCUUUCCAUCAGCUGUCUGUGGAGCCUCUGGCUUCUUUCAGACGCUUCUAUUCCUCCUUGAAGCAGUGGAUUGUCCUCCAGCCUCUCAUGCAGAUGUCCGAUGAAUCGCAACCAUCCUCUGCUACCAAUGUUGGAAUUCUGCCUGGGUCAGAGGAAUGUGCCACAGCGUAGGCACCGGCAGAUAUUCCUGUCGACCUCCCCGCGUCUCCACUCUGCUGAUAAGCAGGCGAGGUCCGGGUGAGAACCCAUAAGCAGAGAGAUGAGGUGCGCCAGAAUGAAAAUGAUUUGAUAUUGAUUUUUAUAUAUACAGUAUUAGUAACUUUGUAUUAAUGUAACAUUUUUAUAUGUAAAUCUGUAUUUUUGUAAUAUUUUGCUUAAGUUGUCUGUUGUUGCUUCAGUUUUGUGUAUGCCGCUUAGAGAUAUUUUAUAUUAAGCGGUAUGUUUGAUUAAAAAUUAAAUAAUCAUUUGCAGAAAAAUCGGGCUUGGAGGAAGCACAUCCUCAGGAUACGACCUCAACCCUGCUCUUUUCAGCAAUAAAGGAGCAGCAGGAGAUUGGUGUGUGUCUUGUGAGUUCAGUCCACCCAAUAAAAAAGGAAGCAAGUUGCACACUGUCUGUUACUUUUCAGCCACCUCAGCUCCCAGCUUCAGCUUGCUAAGGGCUAGAGAACCCUGUGCCCACAUUUCUGACUCACCCACCUCUAUUUUGCAUCACUCCUACUCUCCUACCCUGCCUUCCCUCCAUAUACUCACAAAGGCAUAGCAAUUUGCAAACACAAGGAGUGGUGCUUAUAAUGCCUUGGUUAAAUUAUUAAAACUGUAUUUUUGCCAACUUUGAUCUUCCUUACGUGUAUCUGGCUUGAUGUAUGCAGAAAGCUUUGGGGACUAGAUGAAAAUGGCUUAGGUUGAUGGGAAAUGCGAUUGAUAUUCCCAUUGCUUGGUUUAAGUUGGGUAACACAAUAUUCAUAUGGCACGGAGGGGAAACAUGUGGUCAUCCAGUUGUUGGGACUCUGGCUCCUUUCAGGUCCAAUCAGCUUAGCCAGGGAUGAUGGGAGUUUUAGUCCAGCAAUAAUCUGAGGUGCACCAGAUUAUCGUAUUCUAAUUUCUUACUCAGCCCAGCAUCUCCUCUGAAAAUGUGUGGAAUGGAGGAAUAUAAAAAAAGGAGGCUGGGUAAUGAAAACCAUCUGUUGCAUAAGCAUUUUACUCCAAAGAGUUUCACCUGACCUACUUUCAAAAUAUAAUUUCUGCAAUUAUAUUUUUCAGCUUUACACCCAUGUCAUGAAAAGUAGGCUGAGCACCCCCACCGUCUGUACAAGGCGCUUCAUUUCCUUGAACUGACACAAUCCCGCCUCCCCUUAUCCAAAAGUCGUCCUCUCGAGCUCCCGAGAAACUUUCCAGAGCAAUCCUGGCAAGAAUCUAGCAUUCUCCAGAAGAAGUUUCUCUCCGUUUCCCAGGCCUGCUUCGGCAACUACCCUUCUGUGCAAUCGACUACUUUUGCGCACUACAGAUCCCAGGAUCCCUUCCGUAGUGUUGAGUCCCCUCCCUCCCUUAUUCGUUAGCAAAAGGAGAGAGCGAGCGAGCGAGCAACCUCUGGCCGACUUUCAGAGAGUGGGGAAAACACUCGCUUCCUCUGCUUUGGACGGAAAGCACGCAGAAGAGCUAUAGAGGCCAACGCUGGGGGAAGAAGAAGGGAGAAAGGUUUAGGGAGGGGUGGGAAGCGUCACAGCAGAGCGGGCUCCAAAGGCAGGGCACUCGGGCUGCAAUCCUAACCCCCGUUACCUCGGAGUAAGCCCCGCUGAAUUCAACAGAGCUUACUUCCAGGUAGCCAUAGGUUAGGAUCGAGCUGUUACAAACUGGACUUUCCGCUUGCUGAACAGGGGCGGGGGAGCCCCUCUGGGGCAGCGCCCCUCUCGCCCGCGGUGGACACGCGGAAUUGCGUCCCCGCCUUCCCGGGUUUUAAACAGUUCUGACGUUCUGAGCGCAGAAUUCCGCCGCCCUCAGGAUUCCAGAGGGGCGUCUCCUGAACUGGCUCAGCGCUGCAGCUGCAGCGAGGACCGUCGAGGCAGCACUUCAAGCGGGGACGAGACUAACCGGCCGGGUUCCUCCUCCCCGCUGUAGCAGGAAGGGACAAAGCGCAGGCUGUAGCAGCGUCCAGGCUUGCCCAGGAGCUGCCAGCCGAAAGUUACGGUGGCCGCUCUGUGUCUUUUCCCUACCCGUCGGCUGGGAGGAGGAGAAGGCGCGCCUCUGUCCCUCCGGCCCGACGUGGGCUCUCUCCCUGUGUGUGCCUUUGGAUACACACAUAAAUACACCACCUCUCUCGGCCCGUCCCUCCCUCUCUCCCUCUCCUGCUCUUUCCCGGCCGUCUCCUCCUCCCUCCCUCCUCCUCUUUCCCCUCCUCUUUCCCUUCCCCCAGAGUUGCCGGAGGAGGCCGGAGCAGGCAGGCAGGCAGGCGCGGUGCUCCUGUUGUGUGCGCGCCUCUCUCCCUUUCUCUCUCUCUCUGGGCUGCCUCCUCUCGGCCCAGGCGCACCGCAGCUGCCCAAGGAAGAGUCUCCCUUCCCUCCGCCCGGUGCGCAGCAGCCAUGAGCGGCGGCGAAGUGGUCUGCUCGGGCUGGCUCCGAAAGUCGCCGCCGGAGAAGAAGUUGAAACGCUACGUAAGUGCCUUUUUUUUUUGCCGCGGCUUGCGGGUUGUGCUGGCAGGGGCGUCCCUCGGCUUGCAGCCGCCGCCGCCGCUCUCCGUUCCUCCUUCCUUCCUGUGUGUGUGUUUUCGCCCUCUGUCCUUUCUUCAGCUCUCCCUUUCCUCCUCCUCCUCCUGCGCCUCAGCUUCUCUCGGUCCCCGGAGCGUCCCACCCAACCUGGGCUGCGGUGAAGGCUCCCCUGGCGAGCGGGGCUGCUCGGUUUGCCCACCCGAAGGUGCUCGGGGCAGCCGCGGAGCCCGUCAGCCUCCCAAGUACUUUUCAAAACUGCCAAGUGCGCAGUUCUGGUUUCUCAGCGUUUUGCAAAAGGCCCUGAGCGGACACAACUUUUACCACCUUCUUCUUUAUCAGUGCCCUUUGCCAGGGGAUGGCGGUGGGGGAGCGGGCGAAGUUGAGUCCAGAGGACGCUAAGUUUUUGUUUUUUUCCAGGAAUGGUUGUCUUAAAAAGAAAAAAAAGGGGUGGAAGACGGGAGAUCCUUUUGGAAUAGGGUGAUAAUUUUGUUCUUCGAACUUCCGCUGGUUAUCGUUGUAUAUGAUGUCUGUCCAAUCCGAUUUGCAGCAUAAAAUACAAAUAUAAGGCGCUGGGUCCCCCCUCCUCUCCACUGAAAGGACACCCGUGCAAUAAAUAACCUGCAGGCUGUGAACAGAUAGUCGCAUGUCCAUAAUCGUGCAUGUAGGUGUGUUGUUGGAGCUACAUGUGAACCUGCAGCCAUAUGGCUUCCUAGUGUAGUGUGCACAUAACACAACUUAUCUGAGCUUGUGUGUUUGUUUAAGAUUUGUAUGUGCAGCAGGCAUUGCCACUCAAAGGACACCCAAUGGGGAAGCCAGAGUAUCAGAGUAACGCAGUGAUUUUGGGGUGGGGGUGGUACCACAGAUGCUUAGAAACCAAGGAUUUUUUUUUUAAAAAACACAGAUUAUUCCCUCAUUUUCCUUCCCAGGUGUAUUAGUCCAUUUGAAAUGCGCACAAAUCUAGUUUAUCUGAGUUGUGCAGUCAUGUAUGAAUAAAAUCUGCUUGUGACAUCGAUUCUUACAUAUAUCAUUGAUGAUUUUGCAGCCGUCUCUAAUAUGUGGUGCCUCUAUAGAUUAUGUAUUUUAGUUGCAGUGAGAUGUAACUAAUUGGCAGAACUGUGUUAUCCCUAGUGCCAUUCAGAUUAGGAUAGGAAGACCAAAUACUCCUGGAAGCCUUUGGUUUUAAUACCAAACCUUUGCCUCCUAAAUUUCUACAUUUCAAUACAUGUUAUUUUAAUCCCUUCACUCCUAGGGGUGCGAAUGAGACUGCCCAUUCUCUCUCAUACCUUCAGGCAUAACAUUUCUCAAGCUACACCAUUGGAUUCUGGUCUCUAAACGAAACAGAAACAAAUCACUAAGUACUCUAGUUAAUACAACAAAAAGAGAGACUGUCCUUAGAAAACAAAAAGCAACCAUUUUCACCUUUUAAGAGUUGUCUAGCCCUGACUAAGGUCCCAUCUGCACUAGACAUUUAAAGCGCUAUGAAACCACUGUAAACAGUCAUAGUUUCCCCCCAAAGAAUUAUGGGCGCUGUGGUUUGUUAAGUGUGCUGAGAGUUGUUAGCAGCCCCCUAUCUCCCCACAGAGCUGCAAUUCCCCUAGAGAGAGAGAUUUUGAUUGUUACACCAUUCUAGCUCUCUGAGGGGAAUAAAGGUAAAGGGACACCUGACCGUUAGGUCCAGUCGUGACCGACUCUGGGGUUGCGGCGCUCAUCUUGCUUUAUUGGUCGAGGGAGCCGGCGUACAGCUUCCGGGUCAUGUGGCCAGCAUGACUAAGCCGCUUCUGGCGAACCAGAGCAGCACACGGAAACAGCGUUUACCUUCCCGCCGGAGCGGUACCUAUUUAUCUACUUGCACUUUGACGUGCUUUUGAACUGCUAGGUUAGCAGGAGCAGGGACCAAACAACGGGAGCUCACUCCGUCACGGGGAUUCAAACCGCCGCCCUUCUGAUCGGCAAGUCCUAGGCUCUGUGGUUUAACCCACAGCGCCACCCACAUCCCCUGAGGGGAAUAGGCGUCUCCUAAACUCGCAGCAUCCUUCGGAAACUGCAGUUCCCAGGAUUCUUUUGGGGAAGCCACAACUGUUUAAAGUGGUAUGAUACAUUGUAGGUGGGCUCUAAAUGCUUAGCAGAGUUUGGCUUGUUGAAGUAGAUAAUUCAUCAUUUUCUGAUACAGAGGAAAUGUCUCAGUAAUGGAGGCAUUCAAGUAGUUUAUAUGAGUAAACAUGCUAACAUUAGAAAUACCUAAAUAUCCUUAUUAACCUAUAACUCUUUCCUUGCAUGUUGUCACCUAUGUUGUCUUGCAGUGGUGAUCGUCAAGUUAUCACAUAUUUAUCCUUGGAAGGGACAGGAGUGAGAAGCCCCUAAGUCUUGCUUCAAGCUCCGUUAAACACCUUGAUCCUUUAAGCAAAUCUGGGUUUGAAGUGGUAAAGGGAUAAGUGGUUUAAGCAAGUCUGAUUUUAAAAAACAGUACCUGAGUAGAAUCUUGGGAUGAGAUGAAAUUGGGCUUCUGCAUAGAGAAAGCUUUGGCCAUGACCUGAACUAAUGACUAAUAGGGUUAGUGGCACAUGUGAAAAAGCCCAAGGACAUGAGCUUGUCUCUGUGGAAUAGCAGUUCAAAAUAAUCUUUGGAGGAACAGUAUAUGAAGCAACUAGGCUGAUGAAUCACUUCUCUAUGGUUGACAUUUAAGCAAUCAGGCAAAAAAUUGAGGGAAUACCAUCAUAGUGUCAGACUUAGGUGAAGUGUUGGGUUAGCUUCAAAAGUUACCUUCCUGUAAUGGAGAAGGCCUCUUCAUUUGGAGGAAGGAAGGCAGUCUUUGGAUCAGAUUUAUAGGGCAAUAGCCCACUAAGUCAUGCUUGGAGCAGACCCAUUGAGGUCAAAGGGCAUGACUGAUUUGUCCAUUAAUAUUAAUAGGUCUACUCUGAGUUCAGCUCAGUAGGAUAUCAUCCAUUUAGUCUUGCUGCUGCAGUAUAUUAUAUACUUUCCUAUUUUCCUUUCAAUUGCAAGCCUCUUUUUAGGGUGUUUCAACAGAAAAUAAUAUUAUAAAAAUACACAUAUCAAUCAUUCAAAUAUUAUACUAUAAGCAAGGAUGGGUGAAUAAGUCUAUUUCCAGUUUGCAUCACUUUUGCUUUGUGUUCACCCCAUCAAUCCAUGCUGUUUCCAUGUUAAUCUGCUUAAGAAACUCCACCAAUUUGAAUAGAAAUAUGUAUUUAAACACACAUUUCUGAGUAUAUUUUUUGUCUAAAAUGAAUUUUGAAAUGUAAGAUAUCUUUUAAAAAUUGUUAAGGCUCGAAUCCUAUACUUUGGGUGUAAGCCCCAUUGAACUUAAUUGGACUGACUAUAAGUAGACAUGGAUAAGAUUGUGCUGUCAAUAUAGGUUAUAUUGUUUUUUGAACUAAGAACUGCAUUGGAACAUUCAGGAAGUGUGAAAGCUAGUGGAUAACUAUGUUCCAAUUUGCGUAUUGGUUUGGGAGAUGCAGAUCAAUCCAGUCCAUUUUGGAAUGUGCAAAGACUGAGCUCCUCAAGUGCCUCUAAUUAGAACUAGUAAAGGUCUUACCCCUCAGUUUUGAAGUCUUCUUUCCAUCUCCUCAUUAGUGAUUUGUCAUCCAUAUUCUAAAUGUUCUCCAUCUCUGGCCUCUGGGAAGUAGAUUGUGAAGCAUCAUAUCAAGAAGAAAGAGCCUACCACUUUAUUAUAUGAGGGUGGUAAGGAAGUUAAUAAAACCUGUGUCUAUGGGCAGAGAAGUAUUCUAUUUGGGUGUGGUGAAUGGGUGUAUGGUUUGUUUUUGGUAGAAGAGAUCCAGUUGUUGUUUCUUCUGAGGCGGGCUCCUAGGAGCAAUUAGUACAAUAAAUUGAGGUAAUCAUUAACUCCUUUAUUUAUAGUACUGUCACACGUGCUUUGGUUCAAUGUAUAUUACUUUUCUCCUCUGUCAACCCUACUGAGGCAUUUCUACUGAAAGAUAAAGUGGAUGAUCAUGCUUAACUUAAUAAGUGGGACUACAUAUGUGGGAUUUCCUUCCAUUUUUCUGGCAGAUAUUUGUUCAUUUGCUUCAUAUUGAUGAGGGGGCUAAAGCAACUAUGUUCAGGCAAAAGCAGGAGAGGCCAGGCUGAUAAAUAUAAAUUUCUCGUGCAGUAUUCCUAGUGCCUACUGCAGGCAUAUUUGUUCUUCAGGGUUGCUUCUAGAAAUGCUGUAUGGCAGACUUUCACUUCACAUUUCCUUUCCUGACUAGUGUGGAACUUUAUUGCCUCACAUGUUUUGUGAUCCAGUAAAAUCCCCUACUUGGCGUUCACAACUUCAAGCAAGCUUUCAUCUUCCCUUCAAACCCGUCCUUUAACUGGUUGUAUGGACUCCUCUUUUGCUUAGCUUACAAGUUCUGAUAAAUUGUUUGUCUCCUGUGACUUAGCUUAAGGUCUCCUGGAGGGCUUUGCGAACUGGAUUUGGGAUAAGUAUUGUUGUGGUUGUGUUUAGCCUAAGACUGUUGCUCUGCCCAAUCAACAUUAAAGGAAACUGUUGCUUGAAAAAUUCAGAAAGCAAGUUGCCACACCUUUUCUUGAGUAGGUUUGAUCAGGCUAAAUGUCACUGGGUUCUCCCAAGGUUUCAUUUUUCCACAGUGCUCUUGGGGAUUUAAAUUAUGUGCAGCCACUUAGAAUAAAUUUACUGGAAUGACCGAAGUGAUUCAAAACAGAUUCAAAAGAUGUGUUGCUGUACCAUCUCUCAUGUAAACUUACUCAAGUGAAUGAGCAGUAGUAUAUCUUUCGAAAAACUGGAGCAACAGAAGGCUCUUUCCUCGUGUAUCCUCCUCCUCCUUCCAUGCCCCAUUCUAUCAGAAGAAGAUCUUAGAUAUGUGAGAUCUGGGUUUUCCUUUUAUGAUGCCAGGUUUUCUUGAUUUGUAUUUGCAGAUCUGUCAAAUUUGCAACUAUUAUGGAGUACCAAAAAUAUUGGGGAGGGAGGACAACAUAAAAAACUAAAGGGACUCCCAAGCACACAGUCAACAUUGUACAGAAACUCCACUAGACUUUCCUGAGAUGGUUACUUUAUCCCAGCAAAAGAGAACCUGGUGGGUCAGGCCAAAGGCCCAACUAGUUCAGCAUCCUUAUUCUCACAGUGGUCAACCAGCACCUUGCUUCUGACACUGGACAGCUAGGAUGAUUCUGGGAAGCCCACAAAUAGGAUGUGAAGUGAUGUCUUUCCUCCAGCAACUUUUACCAGAGGCUUGCUGUCUCUUUAACAUGGAGAGGUUCCUUUUAAGGAUAAUCGCUAUUGGCAGAUUUAGCUGCCAUGUAUUUGUCUAAAGCCAUUUGUUUUAAAGCCAUGUAAGCCAGCUGCCAUCAACACAUAUUUUGACAGCAGAUGCCAUCAAUUCAAUUAUGUGUUGCGCAUUGCCUAUGUCGAUUCUACUUCUAAUUGAUUUAUUGAGAAGGCGUAUGGAGAUCAGAAGGGGCAGAGGCAGAAGCGAAGUGCAUCUGACAGAGGGUGUCAAGAUCAGAAGCAGUAUUGAGCCAGGUUGGGAGCAGGUGUGCAAGCUAGUCUUCCCCAACUUGGUAACCUCCAAGUACUACAACUUCCAUCAUCCAUCAGCACUGGCCAGUUGGGGGCUGGGACUGAUGGGAGUUGGAGCCCAACAACACCAGAAGAGUCGCAGGUUCCCCAUGCUUGUGCCAGCCUGGCUUCUGGCACUGUUGUUCAAUCCCUUCCCUUGCAAAAAUGGUUACUCAAAUAGGAUUUCCCUUUGCAGGAAGCAUACUGAUUCUCCUUCAGUGAGACUUAUUCUUCCACAUGCUCAGUAAUUCUAACUUUAAUAAAAAUAUUCACUAGUUUAUGAGGAACAAAUUUGGGGCAAUGGGCUUGUAAUUUUGUACAGCUGUCCCCUGUUAAAUUGGUGCUACAUUGCCUACCUCCCAACCAUCUGAUAAUAGGUCUAAUCUCAGUGUUUCUGUGUCAUAUUUUGUGUUUUUUUCCAGUGUACUUCUAUACAUAUCUACUCAGAAGUUAGUUUAAUUAAAUUAAGUGGGACUUACUCCCAGGCUAGUGAAGAUGGGAUUGCAGCCAUAGCUCUUAGUUCCUGUUGCCUCUUACUAAUUCAGCUGCCCUCUUGGGGGUAGGGAAAGAGGUUCAGCCACAAGUAUCUGUCCAACAUCUUCCACACAGAAUACUGGUUUAAAGAAUUCAUUCUCUCUCUCUGCAUUCUUCCCAAGUUUCUUCAGUACCCCUUUCACAGCUAACUACUUGGAUGGCAUCUUAAAUACGACUGCAAUUCAUAGACCGCCACCUCCAUAGUUAGCUGGUUUCCUGCUUCAGAUAUAUUUAAAGAAAAGUUCAUUGGCCAUUUUGAUGUUUGUAGCAAGGAGCUCCUGCUGUUUUUGCUUUUGCUUGCCAGCAUAGAUUUUCUUUUGCCAGAAUUGCUGCUCCUUUAAAUUUUCCUCAGCUGGGCAAGGAUGUAACAUUUUUGGAGGAAACUUUCUUGCUCUUUCUGCCUUCCUUGACUCUGCUUGCUAACUGGCGACUUGUUUCAUACUUUUCUUAUCUGCCCUAUCUAGGCUUCUGUUCUCAUUUUUAAAUAACCUCACAGCAUCUUGGGGAGAUUUGACCCGUUUAACAGACUUGCUUCCAGCUUCUUUCUAGCUAAUACUUCAAUUAUUUUGAAAUUAAAUAUGACUGCACUGGGACUUUCUAGGCAACUUUCCAUUUACAUACAUGUUGAAUUGGAUAGCAUUGUGGUCACUGCUCCCCAGUGGUUCAGUAACUCUUACAUCUUUCACCAGAUUAUGGGCUUUGUUCAGAAUUAAGUCCAAGUUUGAGCCAGCUUCUCGGCUAAUGGUUAUAAGGGACAAUUAUUUGUUGUAUCUAGAAAUUUCACCUCCUUGUUGCAACCUGAUGUGUAUGUACCUAGUCAGUGUAAAUAUAGAUAAGGUCUCACAUUAGAAUAGUUUCUUCCUUUGGCUGUGCCCUUAAUUUUUCUCUAUCUCAAGAUCACCUUCAAUGUUUCGGUCAUAAGAGUGAUGGCUUAGCAUGGAUACUUGGCUCUGGGAGAGGAGAUUGCAACUGUUUUGUUCAUCUCACUAGUUGUUCUAAUGCUGUGCUGAGCUAAGCCAUGGUUCUGUCUGAACCUGCGGUUGUCGCUUAGCUCUCUCCGGACUAACCAUGACCUGUAACCAAAAUUGAUCCUAUGAUUUACAGCAUGUGAUUUGCCAGGAGAACAAAACAGUGAGCCCAGGUUCAGAUAAGACACUGAGCCAUUCUGCACCAGCAGAAUGACUAGAGAGGAGGGAAGUGGCUGAAAUCUCUUUUUGUGGGGGGCUUGUACAAUCACGCUAAGCCAUGGUUUGACUUAGCAUGGCUUGCAAAACAGGCCACUAUGUCCCCACUACUUGUUGGGUCUAGUAUUUCUACUCACAGUGAUUCUGUGAAGUUUGUUCCUCUUAAAUUUUUGAGCUUUUUGGAGUUGCUGUCAUUGUUAUCCAUGUUCUUAGAUCUGGCCGUACCUAGAGAUGGUUUAAAAAUUGUGCUGCAACCUUUUAGACAUUGAGCACCAAUAGUCUGAAGUUGGUGCCUUGUUCUGGUCUGGCUUAUGCCAUCAUGUUCCCCAGUGCCUAACAAAAAUUUAAAUCCUUCCUCCUGGUGCCACUGCUACUUGUGCAUUGAUUCCUUGUUGGCCUUGCAUGCAGAACAGGUAACAUUUCUGAAAAUGUCACCUGGAUUUCAACAUCCUAUUCAGCAACCUAAAUUUGCCUUCCCUCAUUGUAUUUCCAGAUGUUUAAACGAUAGUGCUCAUAUGUACCACUUGAAAUACAGACAAACAGAAAGGUAUUAAUUUGGAACCUGAGUCUCAACAAAGAAGGCACCAGGUGAUGAUUUAUGGGGUUGUCAUUCCAAAAAUGCAGCACCACAAAACACUGAAAAGGACCUCUUAUCCUAUGUGGGAAAAGGCUACUGUGAUUUUCUUAAUGCCGGUGCAGGUUUCAUAUGGAAGUAGGCCAUCCUUUCAGUUCUUAUGGCAAUAAUUAUGGGCUGGCGUGAUCUUAGCCUUGGAUAUGCAGGUCGUUGGCUUUGGCUCUUCCUAGCCGUGGAUCAUUUGUUGUUUAUCUGUCCUUUUAUACACCUCUAUGUGUGUAAAUAGGUGCAAUGUACAUUUUGAGUUGUUGUUCUGAUUAUUUUGGGGGUAGGGAGGGAAAUAAAGUUUGCCCGCAUUCAUGUUGAUGAUCUGAUUUCUACCCCUUUCUAAACAUAAUUUUUGAUGCCAGUUUUUUGCAACAGGAUUACUUGUUCCCUAACACUUGAUAUUUGAGAGGCACACUUUCCCCCGCCCUUACUGCUGGCUGCAUGCAGUUCAUUGGAAAGAAGCUUUGCCCUUGGGAUAGAAAUGUUUAGAUUGUAAAUUACGGGGUGGGGGUGGGAGACUAGAGACAAGAAAAUGUUUUUCUUUUUAUAGCACCCUACCGUUUCUCCUGUGUAAAUAUUUUAAUAGGCUACAGUAGAUCUGACAUUUUAAGAUGCAUGAAACUGUUUCUUGUUUGCUGAGAGGGCAGAUUCCUUGACAUGGGAAUAGCAAUGCUGUUGUGUGCUAGCAGCUUUUCAGACCUUUUUCAGGAACUGUCUAGUCAUGUUUGGGCAAUGGAUCUUGCAGGAAAUGUUCCAUCUGUAUGCUGUUUAUUCCAAGGUGGACUAGGUGAUGUCUGUAUUCGUGAACAGAUGUUGCAGGCAGUUGUUGCUCAUACAGAAACAGGGUCUGGUUCUCACACCCAUAUAUACCGCUUGAUCCCUCUAUAUUUGAUUGGCAGCUGAGUGUGUCAACUAACCCUGCUGAAAGAUGUGCCGUUGGAGGUGAAAUUCAAGUUCAGUCUGUUGUGUUGGAUCUGUACUGGCCAUUCACACAUGCAAGACAUCGCUUAGCGUUGCAGUCAAGAGUGUUGGCCUUGUUUACGGGAAGCAAGGUGGGUGGAGGGUGGAGGAUUUUGAACUAAGGAACAGUUAUUAAAUAGUUUGUGAAAGCUGGGAUUGUUGUGCAGAUAGUAAUAAAUAUAAGCAAUAUUGGAACAGGGAGAAAAAGAAACAUUCACAUCACUCAUCACCUUAUCAUGAAGUGAUAAGGAGUGGGUUCAGUUGGAGCUAACUGUUGUUGUUUUUAUUUGCUCUGGCCUUGCUCUUCCAAAGUAAGUUUUUUGAUCUGGUCUUUAUUGGGGCAUUUGUUGCCUUUUAUAUAUUCAUACUUGAGCAGAUAGCAUUUAUGUUCUAACCUGCUUUGUAUUUUCUCUGUACUUAAUAUGAUGAUGUUUUGUAUGGUUUUAUUUUGGAUCUCAUUUUUGGUUUGUAGACCAUAAAUUGAUGGUGAUGAUGAUUCAGUGUGUAUAGUCAUCUAUAUAUAUAUAGAGAGAGAGAGAGAGAGAGCUUCAUGCCACCCCAAUCCCCACAAGCUGUGUGAGAUUUCAGGGAUUUCAGGCACUUACCCAGGGUUAUGUUUCCAUUGGGAAAAUCAAAGCACAGUGGAGGCUAGUGUCUUCGUGAAAUAUGGUUUAUGAACACGUAUUUGCCCCUGGAAGUCUGCAAUUGAGCAGGUGCAGGUCAUUAUACCCCCAAGAGAGUUUCUUAUUGCUCCUCUCAUAGUUUCAGCAAGCUUGAGUCCAAAGCAGUCAUGGUUCCCGGUCUCUGAAACUAUGAGCUUCUUCAGGCAUCAGCAAAGAUAGUUUUGGCCUGCCCAGCAGCUCAUGGAGGUCUGGCCUGUCUUCUGGUUCUUCCCAGCACACCUCUCACCAAAAACCUAAGCCUUCUGCAAAACAGCACAUUUUACUGUCACCUCACACCCAUCCCCAUCACCUUGGCAACCCUGUUUUGCACAGACCUGAGAACCUUCUUUGAAGUGUAGGUGCCUGGCCCUUGUUUCAUAAAGGCUUGCAUUCAACCAGGCUGGCAAGGCUGGUUUGCAUAAGCGGGUUCAGGGAUCCCCUGUGUUUCUGGCACACUUCUGUAGCUUGCAUUUCCCCUUCCUAUCCCAAAUAUUAGCUAGAUUCUGACAUUCAUUUAUUUCUUGCAUUUAGGAUGGUUCCCCACCCCAAACUUAUAACAGCAUGCUAUGUCUGAAGUCUUCCCCCCGCCCUUUGUUGGCAAAGGUGUUAUAAGUGUUGCAAAUUGUAUUAUACAGUAUGUUGCAAAUCACUUCAGAAUGUUUCAUGGGAACGAUUCAUAAAUGAAGUAUAUAGUCUUGCACUAGUAAAUUGGGCAGUUUUAUUUUUUAUUGACAAGUGAAACCUAUCUUAUUUCAAAAUGACUAAGGAUCUUGAUAUUUGGCAUCUCUGAGAAAAUUCUUUUUUACACUAGUGAGUGUUUUCUGGCUGUGUAGCUAAAGGAAAAUUUAAUUCUAUACCCACAGGGUGGUGUGACUUAACACUCUGCCUCUGUGCAUAUCUUGCAGUGAACACUUGCAUAAUAAUUGUUAUAGUUCAUACUAAAGUUACUUGCUAGCCUUUCCUGAGAAAUUAGUGUUGCUGACUAUAUAAGAACCGCUGUUAAGUUUGAACUACAAGGAUAGCAGCCAUGGCCAUGGGCAUUCUAGCUAAAUUUCUACAGCCAUAAAACCUUUUUUUCAGCUUCCAGAUACGAUGAGACAUAACCCAGGUGGCUCCUCUUAGCCAACAAUUCCUGCCACUAUAAAAUAGCUCUUCUUGCUACGCUUCCUUGGUCAGAGGAGCUGCUUAAUAGACUUGUCUACCCAGACUUUAAGACGUUGCCUAUAGAUUUGUACAUCACAUGUAAUUGUAGCUUCUUGACUGUGCUGCAAACAGGUUUGGUUCCUUCUGAUGCUUGCUUGCUAAGCUUCCAUCCUGACUAAAGCAGAGGCUGCAUUUGGGCAUCCACUAAGCCAUUAACUAUGGUUAAGCAAAAGAGCCUAUGCACAAGGGGAAGGGGGGAAAAACCCUGGCCUAGUGUUGCAUAUGAACCAAUGCUCAUAACUUGUAGGAGAAAACAAGCCACAAAAGGGAAGCCAAUAACAAACAUGAAUCUUAUCUCCAGGUCAUGGAGAGAAACCUGAGCGCACUGGUUCAGGCACAGUGCUGAACCAGUUGCUCAGUGGUUUGUUUCCCCACUCGCAAAAGAAAGGAUUGAAGAAGGAGAUCUCAAACUGUGUGCCUCACCUAAUUUGCUUAGCCAUAGUUAGUGGUUUAGUGCUCCACUGGAACAUGGUCAGAGCCUGAUUGGGAGCUGUAUGUACAUGCCAGACUUCCCAGAAUAUAGAAUGUGUGUGCUUUCAAAUUUAUAGAAGGAUGUAAUACGAUGUUCUGAAGUAGGACUAAAGCGACUUCCCAAUAUAUGCAUAUGUUAUUUAGAAAGAUGUGGUCCACCAGCAAUCACCACCUGAUCAGUGAAGAGGGGGCAAUUAUAAUCUCAUGGUACUGUGGUGGGUGGUGAGGUCAAAAUUUUGCCCCCUGUCACAAUGGAGAUGCAAAUAUUUCCUUCUGUCUCAUCCAGUGAGCAAUGUUCAAAAUCCCUCAGGCACCAGACUCGUUUUGCGACUGGCGUGCGUCCAGUUGCGAACAACUGAAGAUGUUUUGCUUCCAAGUUUGGCGACUAACAUCUCCACCAUCUUACUGGUGCACAGCAGUAUUUUCUGCAGUGGCGCACGUCCCCAUGCCAGUCAACUGGCCGAUCUGUGGAGAUGUCUUGUCACUGUUCUGGAUUGUUUUAUUCAAUGUUUUAAUGUGUUGUAAACCACUUUGAGCUCCACCUCCCCUUUAAAAUAUAAAGUGGUAUAUAAAUGAAAAUAACAACAAUAACAGCACCACAACAACAGUCCCUGUUGGGGGGAGUUGAUGGUGACUAGUCAGUCUGUUGUGAUGACCAAAACCUAGGUUUAAUGUGCUAUUUGGUGAUUGGCUUAUAUAUCUGAGUUUCUUACACUGUCAGUGAGCAAUUUGAUUGGCAGGAAGGGGGCGGGAACCAUGUAUGCCUGUGUGUGUGUGUCUCCAUGAGCCUGUAUAUUGGCAUUUGGUGUCCAUGGGAGUGUGGGUGGGUGUGCUUGUGGUGGCUACAUCCAAUGCUGGCAUGCAGCCGCUGGAGAGUUGCUCAGGAUGCUCUUCCAACCAUUGAAGGUUAGCCAUCCCUGUUUUAAACUGAUGUACAGUUCUGGGAUAAGAAGCAAGACCCAGCUCUUGGUGGAUUCUUGCAUGGCUCAGUUUCUCUCUCUCUUCUUUGAUUUGUGAACUCCAUAGCUACAUAUUUUGCAUAAGCUCUAUGUUGUUAGUCUGAAGGCCACUUUAGAACAAAAGGUGGUGUUCUUCAGAGGAAAAGUUACUGGAGGUUUUAUAUUCUAAGGCUCAGUUGUUUUUCGGAGGAGGCGUAUCUUCGAUGCCAACAUUCUUUUUUUCAAAUAUGAGGUUGAUCAUGUGCGCUCUGUACAAAGACCUGAUUAAAGCCGGUGGCCAAUAGACUUGGCUACAGUAAAUGUAAUGCAUCGUGGUAACAAUGUAUGUGUGGAGCUUGUUGAAAGCAUAGCCUGUGUUGGCGAUUAUUCAAAGGUCUGUCUUGGGAGAAGGGGAAGUCUGAUUGCCAUUGGAAAUAUUUUUUUAUUUAAUUCUGUAAAGCUCACUUCCAUGUGUAUCUAGAAAAAUUGCACCUUCACACCCUGUUAGUGAAUGCAUGUACGUGUUAGAAAAAAUUCAGAAUUCCAUCUGGGCUGAAGAUGGUAAGUAUGAAGUUGCACUUGUUACAUGUGGUUUCAGUGCAUUGUUUUAAGAAGUGGGAGGAAGAAUACUUUGAAGCUAUUAGGCAGACAUCUGGUCUGUUGUGUUUUUCAGGUUUUUUCUCUUCCCAAAAUGAUCUGACGCAGCACUCAUAAUGUCUAAGCCCUGGAAGCUUCGCUAUACUGAAGAAUUUCCUUACAAUUGGAAAAAUUGCCUGGAUUUGCGUUAAAGAAUUCUGACCCACUUUUUUCUCGUGUUGAAGCUGAACUGUGAUGUUGUUCUGCCCAUUAAGAAGCAACAUUAAUUGCUAGCAAAGCAUCCUGUGUAUAGGUGACAUUAAAAUCCAUUAAACAGAUGCUGAAAACGCUGGGGAGAAACUCCAGCAGCAUCUCUUGUGAGUAGCAGGUCAACUUUGUCCUGUUGGGACUAGCAGAUUUGUCCACUUGUUUUUAAGGUGCCAGUGGAUAACGUUUAUGUAAGCUGGGAUAUCUCCCAUCUCAAUCUGGGAGGCAGUGUUGGCUUGUUGGUGUUGAGAUGAACCUUGAUGCAAUUCUAUGAGCUUGAUGUUUUGCUCCUGUUACCUGUGUGAAGAGCCAGUUAUGUGAUGUAGUGGUUAGUGUGCUAGACCAGGCCUGGGAGACCCAAAUUCUCAUCCCUCUUUAAGCAUGAGGCUCCCUGAGUGACCUUGGACUAGACACACACUCUCAGCCUAAUGUCCCAAUCCUCAUAAGCUUGUUGUGCAGAAAAAUGGGCGUGGUUGAGAACCAUGAACAUCAACUUGGAAGGAAAGCUAGGCCACAAGUGUAGUAACUCAAUGAAAAUAUCCAUUGGUCAUCCCUAUAUCCAUAGUUGCUGUACCCUAUCUCUACAACUCCCUUGCAAGACGUGCCUAGUCCCCCUCCUGGAGGCUACUGACUGCCAUUUUAUUUAGGUGGGCCUCUAGCUGGAGUAAUCUCUGCCAUCAAGUAAGGAAUAAUUAUCUAGGCUUUUUUCCAUGUUGUGUUUGUGCAGUUAGUGCCAUUAUUGCUACUGGGAGGGAUUCGGGAUAACGUCAGUGGUUCCAGUGAUAGGCUCUAGAUGCGGAAAUAUAGCAAAAAGGGAGAUAUGACCCAGUCUGAAUCAAGUUGCGCAACAUUUAUUUUCAUUCACUGUUACAUCUGUGUCCCAUCUUUCCCACAAGGAGCUUAAGGUGGUGUACGUGGUUCUCCCUGUCCUCAUUUUAUCCUCACCACUUCGUGAGCUAUAAGCUAGAGUCAGCAGCAGUGACUGGCCCAAGAUCACCCAUUGAGCUUCGUGGUAGAGUGUGGAUUUGAACCCCUGGUCUGCUAGGUCCUAGUCGGACUUUCUGACCACUACACUGGCUCAAACAAACUGCAGUAAGUCUGUGUCUGGGUUGUACCACUUCAGACUGCACGUAGGGGCUGGAUGGCUUGAUCCUCUAAGCUAAAAUACAGUCAGUCCUAUCUCCCCACUUCCACAUAGACUAGCUUAGUUGAGCCUCCUCUCUGAUAUGUGAAGUGGAUUUGGGAAGAGGUCGUGGACAACUGAACCUAGACUUUUACCUUGGCUUUUUCAGAAUGCAUCAUUUGCUAGUUCUUCAAACCCUUCAUGUUGUCAUUCCUCUAAAGAACUGAAAGUGACUUAUUCUAACGAAAGCUUGGCUUGGAAAAGCAAAGUGUAGCUCAGCAACUUUGCUCCGGGGCAGUUUCUUAAAUUACAAGCUGCUUGCAAGAACCUGUAUUCAUGUAAACAGGAAAACUCUCAAGGGGACACAUAUAUAUCAUAGAACUGUUUAUCUAUGCAUAUGUAACACUUUUAAUUUGGGAAGUGCUUUGCAGUCUUUUAUUGUGUUUGCACUCAGAACAACCUUGUGGUUAGGUCAUUAACUAAUCCAGGCUUGCAUGUGUUCAGCACAGGUAGGGCUACAUUUGAAAAUCCCUUUUUAGUUUUGUUUCAGUGCUUGUCUGAAACUGCCUUGGUCGCACUGGUUGAUGAUCUCCGGCGAGCUAGGGACAAAGGUGAGAGUUGUUUCCUGGUUCUGCUGGAUCUCUCAGCGGCCUUUGAUACAAUCGACCAUAACAUCCUUCUGGACCGUCUAGAGGGGCUGGGAGCUGGGGGCACUGUUAUACAGUGGUUUCGCUCCUUCCUCCUGGGCCGUGUUCAGAAAGUGGUGGUGGGGGAUGAGUGUUCAGACCCCUGGGCCCUCACUUGUGGGGUGCCUCAGGGUUCCGUCCUCUCCCCCAUGCUUUUUAACAUCUAUAUGAAGCCGCUGGGAGAGAUCAUCAGGGGAUUUGGACUGGGUGUCCAUCAAUAUGCAGAUGAUACCCAGCUCUACCUCUCUUUCAAAUCAGAACCAGUGAAGGUCCUGUGUGAGUGCCUGGAGGCGGUUGGAGGAUGGAUGGCGGCUAAUGGAUUGAAGUUGAAUCCUGACAAGACAGAAGUAUUGUUUUUGGGGGACAGGGGGCGGGCUGGUGUGGAGGACUCCCUGGUCCUGAAUAGGGUAACUGUGCCCCUGAAGGACCAGGUGCGCAGCCUGGGAGUCAUUUUGGACUCACAGCUGUCCAUGGAGGCACAGGUCAAUUCUGUAUCCAGGGCAGCUGUCUACCAACUCCACCUGGUACGCAGGCUGAGACCCUACCUGCCCGCGGACUGUCUCGCCAGAGUGGUGCAUGCUCUGGUUAUCUCCCGCUUGGACUACUGCAAUGCGCUCUACGUGGGGCUACCUUUGAAGGUGACCCGGAAACUACAAUUAAUACAGAAUGCGGCAGCUAGACUGGUGACUGGGGGCAGCCGCCGGGACCACAUAACACCGGUCUUGAAAGACCUACAUUGGCUCCCAGUACGUUUCCGAGCACAAUUCAAAGUGUUGGUGUUGACCUUUAAAGCCCUAAACGGCCUCGGCCCAGUAUACCUGAAGGAGCGUCUCCACCCCCAUCGUUCUGCCCGGACGCUGAGGUCCAGCGCCGAGGGCCUUCUGGCGGUUCCCUCAUUGCGAGAAGCAAAGCUACAGGGAACCAGGCAGAGGGCCUUCUCGGCAGUGGCGCCCGCCCUGUGGAACGCCCUCCCAUCAGAUGUCAAAGCAAUAAAUAACUACCUGACAUUUAGAGGGCAUCUUAAGGCAGCCCUGUUCAGGGAAGCUUUUAAUCUGUGAUAUUUUACUGUAUUUUUUGUUUCUAUGGAAGCCGCCCAGAGUGGCUGGGGAAACCCAGCCAGAUGGGCGGGGUACAAAUAAUAAAUUAUUAUUAUUAUUAUUAUUUGCAUGAAUUUGAGAUGCACAGUCCUGGUGAGAGAGAUAAUAAAAGUGCUUUCCAACAAGGCAAAAUGUUUGGUUCCAAAACAUCUGCAGGACACCAGAUUGUCAAAGGAUAUUGUAAUGAGUAUGAGUUACUCGUGCGUAAACUGGUGCCUCUCUAGGCUAAUUUGCCUUGUUAAACCUUUCUGACUGCACAGCCCUUUCUCAUCGUGGCUGCCUCAGUCGCUGGCAGAAUCCGUCAGUGGGCGUUUCUUGAACCUCUUCCAACAUAAAAGUUGUUUGACACCCAGUCUCCUCCUCCUCUCACUGCGCGGGAGUCUUCUGCGCAGGGAGGGCGUGGGUAGCGGAGGACCUGUGCCCUCCUCACUGAGGUCCAGUGAAGAGUCCUGGAGCCCUCUCUCCGAUUGCCCAUCUGCCCCCCUUUAUCCCUGGUGUUGCGCUGAUUUGCUUCCCCCUCUACUGAGCUGUUUCUCCCCCUGCUGCUGGGUCCUUCGCCAGCAUCAUCUAGGAGCCUCCCCUUCGCCUCUCGCUCCGAUGUCAGUUCCCUGAUAGAUAUGAUAGAGUGUCUGCAUUUCUCUACAUGCUAGGUGACUCUAUUUCUAAACGCACAGGUGUAACUCCUUCCUUUGUUCAUUUAUUCAUACAUUUUUUCCCCAUCUUUGGACAAAAUGCCUAUUUGUGGAUUGAAAUUCAGUACAUUAAAAAUCUGAGAUUCUUGUGGGGACUUCCAUUACCUGUUCUGAACAGACACCUAUCAAGCUUGCUACUUAACAAGGAUGCUUCAUCUUGUUAGAAGUGACCUUCAGUAGGAGUGCCUAAAAGAAAAUUCAGUAUGAGGCUUAAUAGAGUAAAUUUCUAUUAUUUUGUAGUUUAACCAUCCCUCACAGAGCUACAGUUCCCGGCAACCUUAGCAAACUACAGUUCUCAGGAUUCUUUGGGGGGAAAGCCCUGACUGUUAAAGCUGUAUGAGUGCUUUAAAUGUUCAGUGUAGAUGUGACCUUAGACUUGUGACAGUCAGCAAAUAGCUGUGAAAAGUAUUUUCAGAGCGUCUCAUCUCUCCCGUGUGACUAGUUACAUGCUGAGGCCUAGAGUCCUUGGUGUUUUGGAGAAGAGGGAUGUUUGGCUGACCUUACAGGGGUUGCCAGUAUGGCUCCCUCCAUAGGUUUUUGGACUAGAACUCGCAUCAGCUCCAGCUGGCAAAAGCAAUGGUUGAUGAGAAUUGUAGUUCAGCAACAUCAUAUUAGCACUGUAUUAGCUUCCGCUAAGCUGGUUUGAAAAGAGGAAAUCAUCUUGCACUGCGAAAAGUAUUCAAAGACAACUAAUCUUUACAGUUAAGCCCUCCAAAAUUGGGAAACACUUGACUUGUCCUUUCGUGUAUGUGGAUUAUGAAAGUCUUAUAAUUAUAUGGUGACACAGCAUAUUUUGUAAGGGACAGCAAUGGUAGUUGCUGUGCCAGUUUUUUUCCAGAAAGGGAUUGCUUUAAAAAUAGCAGUAGAAGAAAUGUUACUUCAGAACAGGAGUUAUUAGCUGAAUUGCAACUUAACAACAGUUUCCUCUGAGUGUGAUGAGUUCAGUCUUGUUCCUUUGAACACCAAAGGCUACUUUCAACAUGAUGUAUUUCCUGUACAGAAAGCACCAAUAUCUAGAAAAAGGUGGCAUGUGUGUACAGUAGUUUAUAUUUCUGUUUCUCUACAUAUAUGCAUGCCAGGAAAAUGUGACUGAGUGCAGCUUUCUAGUAUGUGUAUACAUUGGCUGCCUUUGGAAGUCAUGAUGAACCAUGGUUUAUUGUGACAAAAAUAUGUCAAGCCUCCCUCCAGGUUCACGUGCACCCUCUCCUUUUACUUCACAGCAUGUUGCCUCAAGGAGAACUUUGCAAGUUUUUGCUGCUUUAAAAAAAAUUAACCACAGUGUGCUGUGUUGGCUGAACCAAACACGUUGUGGUUCAGCUUAAUUAGGGUCAGUGACGUGGGAUUUCUGGAAGAUGUUUCCUUGGAAAAAUAUCAAAAGUCCUAAUUUGCAUAGAGUGAAUUGCAUAGGAACAUUUUCAGUUUGCAUCAGAAAAUGUUAUGUUGGCCUAGAACAGGAUCUAAUUCAGCAUGUUUAUUUCACUUAUAUUUUGCAAAAAAGCUAAAAACUAGGAAACUUGCAAGUUUGCCUAUUGCUGUAUUUGCAAUUGUUGUUAAAAAAGUUGGGAAACAAAUACAUAAAGCAAAGAAAAAUUUUCUACCCUACAUCACUGAUGGUGGUCUGCUUAAAAGAAGCUACCUCUACACCAUGAUUUAUGAAGCUGGCUUGUGUCAACAAGAAUUAAUCAUAGAAGAUCAUAGAACUAUACGGUUGGAAGGGAUCCCAAGAGGUCAUCUGGUGCAACCCUCUGCAAUGUAGGAAUCUCAACAUGAGGUCUCCCAUCCAAUUUGAAACCAUACCAGACCCUGCUUAGCUUUGCAAAUGUGCUAGCAGUUUAGGGUUAACUGGGGUAGGGAGUUUGCAUUCUGCUACUGCUGCUGUGUUCCGCCAAGCUAAGCGAUGGUUUAGCUCUCCCAGACAGACCAUAACCCACAGGGCAAAUCGAUGCCCUAGUGCAAGCAGCAGAAUAACCAGAGAGCAAAUUUCACAUGGAUCCUGUAUAUUUGUUCCAAGUCUUGGUUUGGAUUAGCAUGGUGCCAGAGUCCAGCCUGCCUCCUUACACUAUAAAAAAGUAUCACAAUAGUGUAGAAUUUGCAGGAAUUUGAAGAGUAUACAUGGUACUAUCUUUUCUUGAUUGUCCACAGUGAAUGCUGCAUGUUGGAGGUUUGCAUGGGCUUCGUAAACUGGGAUCUCAAUAUAUGCUUAACUGAGAUUUAGGAUUGUACAAAAUGAGUUCUUUGAGAGAAGUCCAUUUGGAAUUAUAGUUUUGGCAGUUAGAAUGAAGCAAAUUUCUUCAUUGUUACAGAGCCUUCCCCAGGCAUGUACGUGACAAAGUUUUUCAUUCAUUAUUCCUUUGUGGUUUGAGAGAUAAAUGUGAGGGUCUGCCAGCCUUCUUGACCUCACGCUUCAUUUUCAAAGCCUUUUUUCCCUACCAGGAUGACAGCUGCAGACAUUUUCUUUUUGGGUGGUGAAAACUGAGAUUCUGAAAGCCUUUUUUUUUUUAAAGAGAUGGGUAUUAUGGGUUGCAUGGAAGUUCUUGGCAUUCACCUGCUUUCUCCAAGUCUUUUGUUGUCCCUCUUUGAUGGUUUCAAAUGUAGCUGUAACAAACUUGCAAUAAUGGUGCUUCUGCUAAGAGUUGGCAUGCCAUUAAUAUCAGUUUUACAAUUUAGUUUUUUAAACAUUAGUGUAAGCUUGUUGUUUUUCUGGGGCAAAGGUUUUGCUCACCGUGUUCAAUUAGAGGUUUCAUAUCUGGGUCACAUACCAAAUUGGGACCAUUUUUUCUUUAUAAGUUUUCCCAAAGGGCUCAUUGGUCUUUAUAGGAGAGCUAGUGUAGGGUCUAAACAGUGAACAACAAGCCAGUCUUUCUGUGUCUGAUGAAGAAAGCCUGCCAAGCUGAGGCAAAUCAGAAUCAAAACAACUUGCCUCCUUGGUCAGACUCUCAUUCAAGGCCCUGUGCCACAUCAUUUCACCAUCUUCAAUGUGCCAGCUAGGCUUGCAAGAUACGGGCUUGUUGGUUGUGGCCCCUAGGCUCUCUAAUUCUCUUCCAUGAGAAGUGGUCCAUUUGGCUUCCUCACUGCUUCAUUUUCAGCGGCCUGCUUUUUCGGGGGGUGGGGGGUGCAUUUUCUUGGUAACAACUGAAUAUAUCCUUUAUUUUAUUGUUGCUGAAGUUGGGCUGUGUUUGAUGCAUGCCAGAUGUUUCUUCUGAUUUGUUUAGAAUACACACACACACAAUUUUUUCUUAACCAUUGGGAGGGGAUCCUUGAUAGGCAUGUAAGCAGGUUAUAAGUAUUUUAACAAGGCUAGUCCCAGCGGCUUAUUUAGGAGCAGGAAGGCUGCACCAGAAGAAUCAGAAAGCAAGCUAGGGCUGAUACAGUGUUUAGCAAUGGAUGCACAUACAGGAUCUAUGCUCUGUUGCACGUGAAGAGGCUGCAGGUAAGGAAAUGAUAUGGAGGCAAAAGUGAAUUGUGGGAUACUUUCUGCAGGGCAGGGCAGUCAAGGUGAGGGGCUGUUGAGGUGACGUGGGCCCAGGAACUGCACACUCUAGAGCAGUAGUAGUGACUAAGUGAGCAGGGCUUCUUCCACUUUGUUCUCAGACACACCCAGCCUCCUGCCUUCUUGCAUUUAGAGGGCUUAGCAAUCUGGUUAUGUGCACAUCAAAUUUAUUCUGGAAUCUAACCCACGUACAAAAACAGAUGUUCAUAAAACAUUGAUGCAACUUCAGUUUUUAUGUAGCGUAGCGCUGAUUUCCAGCCCCCAGUGGCUAGUAAAAGCCAGUGACCUAUGCUAAUGUAGGCCUCUGUGGCCUCUUUGGAAGUGGGGGCAGCACCUUGUUAGACAUGUUGAGAAGUGGCGCUGUAAUUCAGAUGAAGAUAGAUUUGUCUCUCAGAGCAAAUAAUUUUAUAGUUCCCUAAUACGUAAAUGCUCAUUUUUGCAAAAACUGAAUAGGGGGAUAAAGCGCCAUCUACAACAUGUAACUGAGACCUUAAGAUGUAUAACCUUGGGGUUUUUUGCUAUGUGGUCCGAAUUCAGCCUCUCUCUUUUUUAUUUGAGAAAAGUUUUGUCAUUGGAACUCAUCCUUGGAUGAUGCUUUAAGACAGCAGUGCUGCCAGGUUUGAGAGAGCCCUGAAUAAACUGCCUUCUGGGCUCCCCUACUUGCCAUUCUGGCUGCUCUACUGCUGCCACCACACUGUCUUCCCCACUCCCCCCCAUACACCUUGCAAUGCUCUGUCUUACUCUCAUACUCUACCAGGAAGCUGGUAGGGCUCUUUUAUUUAACAUUUAUCAGGUGGGCAAGUGCAGUAGCUGUGGCUGAGAGCAGCCAUGGACACCAUUUUCACAUCCCCAGAGUGUCUCUGAACCACCGAAGAUGGCAGGUGCGGCUGGAGCCACAACAGAGGAUUUGCUGCACUCUGUAUCUGCCCCACUAAUGGUUGGAAAAGAAAAAAGGAUGCUGUACGAUAACCAACAUCUUGCCCAUUAUGCUAGGUGCAGGUACCCCGCUUGUUCCCUGUUCACCAUCUGCUUUGGCUGCUGUUCCCCAUUAUCUGCUUUCCCAUUUCACUCUCCUCUUACUUUCAUAUGCUAGAGGAAAAGAGAAGGAUUGUGCUUUUGUUUUUAAACUAACCACAGUCUCUUGUGACAUCUGAGCUCAAAAGACCAUGGUUGUAAAAUCUGGUUGUUGAGAACAAGCCUAAACUUGGUUUCAGAUCUUAGGUCCCAUUAACCAUAGUUCAUGCAAACCACAGUUUCUUGAAUCUGGGUGGGCAUCAUGUGGAGCUCUGCUUCAUUUGAAGAUGGCAUAUUUUUAUUUUCUUCUCUUUCUUUUAGGAGGAGGAGGAGGAGAGGGGAAUAGAAGCACACAAGCCUGAGGCAGGCAACCACAAUUUUCUGUUGCAUCUGAAGCUGGAUUGGAGGGGGAAAAUGUCUAAGGAUAUGUUGUGAAGUGUGUUUUGUGACCAAGCAUUUAAGAGCUGUGUUCAUAGCUGAGCCCAGGGUUUGUAACAAUGCACUUGUAAUAUACCACAUUGGAGUUGUUGCCAAAUUUGGGCAAGUCUAGUCUUGCCUAUCUCAGGCAGACUUUUCUACUAUGAUGCAUGGCUCACUUUGAAUUGUAAUUGAACUGCCAUUAGCAAUGAUGUCCUUUGUGCCACCUCCCAUCAACCUCCAUUGAAGAACAAAAUAUCCAGGGCCUAAGAUACUGGUUUUGAGAUUAUCAAUUUCUUCUGAAACAUUUAUGUUACUGGCAUUGACCAUUCCACAUGAGAGAGAAAGAAAACUAAGGUUUAGGAUAAUGAUCAGAAAGCACUGAAGAAGUGGUGAUCAGGCAUGCUGUAUAAAACUUUUCUGUGGCGUGCAGCCUGUUGGAACUUUUGAUCUGUUUGAAGGCUUGUUUGUUCUUUUGCUAAUAUGAUGAAUGCUUUGAGGAUGGUGAUGCAGGAAUUAAGUGUUAGUGCCCUGCCCUGAGGUAGGAGGUGUUUUGAGGGCGAUGACUGGAAUGCAGUGCUCACUUAACUGAUAGAAGAAGCUAUAUAUUUGCUGUAAGCACUGUUGAAGCUGCAUAGGGCCUUACUAAUUUUAUGGGAUAAAGGUCUUAAAUUUAUGAUAAUUAGAACUAUCUAAAAGGAACCGAGAGGGCUAUUUUAAAAAAUACGGUCUGUAUCAAAUUUAAGGAAUUUGAUGAUCAGGUGUACUAACCACCUGUUUUUAUGCUUAUUGUGUUGUUUUUAUCAUGUUAGCAGUUCCGAGCCCGGCCUUAGCUGGGGAGGGUGGGAUACAAAUAAAAAUUUAUUAUCAUUAUUAUUAUUAUUAUUAUUAUUAAAUAAGAGAGAGUGAACAUUUUAGCUCUGGAUUAUUGCAGUAAAGUUUGGUAAGGAGCAAACUUCUAACACCCUGUUAUCGAGUUAUAGAUUACCAUCUUGUCCUUAUUAUAAUCUGCUGAAAGAAAUUGCACUGCUGAAUAAUUUACUGUAUUAGAUGAAAGUCAUUAAAAAUUAAUGCAUGUAUCUCUUAUGGCUUUACAACAUUUGUGUCUCCAAAGAAGAUUUUUAAAAGGCAGGGCAAAAGUGUAGAGAAGCAAUUUCUCGAUAUUGGGAUGCUAGUUUCUUGGAACUCCUAGCGUUGUAGAGUGCACAAAGAUGAGGCACUGAUGUUAAAUCCUAAAGUGGACAUAUCUGUGUUGCAGUGUCUGUUGUUGCUGCUCUAAAAAGAGCCUGCCUAAGGAAUGGGAUGAAAAAUCUAUCUGAUGGUAUCUUUGUAUUAGGGAAGCCUUUGUUGGCAUAUAGUUAUUGAUAAAUAGCAUGGUAAAAUACAACAUGUACAUAUUGUUAACACUGGAAAGGAAGUGAGGAAGAAUGUAAAUCCAUUGCAAAAUAAUCCAAGAAAUGUAGAGGGGACAGAAACCCCAUUGGUCAGGCCCUGCCCAAUGGUAGAAAUAGCCACUUACAGGACUGAUGAGAACACACAUGCUCAACAUUUAUCAGGAAAUGUCCUGAAGCCCUCCCAGAAUUCCUGAACGAGCCUUCCAGAAAGUGGCUUGUUCUCCAAAGUUUAGUUUAGUUUAUUAGCUGCUAUUGCUUUGUGCCUUUGUAGCUUGGAAUGUUGGGGUGGAGUGUUCAAAAACUGAGAAGGGUGCUGAGUUCAUACAUAAUACCAAACCAUAAUUAAAACAAACCAAGUCUGGUAAGCCAGCAACAAACCAUGGCUUCAGAUAAUGGUUUGUUGGCAGUCAUAUUGGGCAGAAUUAGCACGUACUGCUAAGAAGAACAGAAUGGCCUGGUUUGCACAAGACGUUAAGCUAUGCUUUAUUAAGCAGUAACUUAGCAUUUUGUGCAAACCAGGCCAUUCUGCUCUUUAUUACCCUAUUAACAUAUUGUGGUGAUCUGCCAUGGAUACAGGAGCACCUUGUGCUGGUCAGAUGAAGCAGGAUUGAAAUGUUCCGUCUGGCUUUGCUCAUUUCAGAAUGGCUUAAAUGCUUAAGUUUUUUUGCCAGGGAAGUGGCACUGGUUGCUGUAAACAAUAAUGUUGCAUGAAUGAAACCAGUUCUCCUCACGAUCUUUGAUGAACCCAAGUGUGGCUGCUGGGGUGUUCAUUUUGCUCUUGUGCUGAUACUAUGGCCUUUAAGAGUGUGAUCUCUAAAGAAGAAUCAUCCUGGCUCAAGUCAAGGCACAUAUUGAAUCUGAUCUUGGAGUGGUCACUAAAUAACUUCCCCCAACUCAUGCCUUUUUAGCUAUUCCCUUACACACCUUGAGAGCAAUGGGGUUACCAGAGUAGACAAGGACUUUUUACACUGUCUCAUGAUUGGAGCCCGGUUUAUUACCCAGUUGUGCUAUCUGACCUAAGCCACAGUUGCCUUAUUUGAAUGUAAUGAACUCUGGCUUAAUUUAUGUCAGCAUCUCCACACUGAAGCCAGCAUGCAGUAGGAGGAGGAGAAAGAUAAGAGAGGAGCCCGUAGCCACUGUGCUUCUCUGUGGUUCCAUGAAGCUCCCAACAAAUGUCUGAAUGUGACGGAAGAUUGCAGUGAGAAUUUUAAAAACAACCUGAGAGGCAAUACAGAGAGUUGUUUUUCAAAGAUCUUGGCAGUGAUUCCAUUCUUAAUUAAAGAAAAACUUUUGAGGAGGGUGGGAAUGCCCUUUAAUUUAGUCAAUUACUCACUGUAACUAGUAGAAUUCAAUAGAACCUUGUUAUAAUUUGAUAACUCAGAUUUGAAGCAGAAAAUUAAAUUUACAGGCUAAUGGAUACUGAUUAACUAGAAAUACAAUUUAUUGCCAUGAAACACUGCUUAAAGCAUUUAUUGUUUCCUUUAGCUAAGGAAAAUGUAACUCUGAAAGCCCAAACUAAAAAUUGUCCUUGGAUCUGAUUGUGCUCUUGCAUGAGCAAAGAAACUUCUACUUGAGAGGGGGUGGCUGAUUUCAGCACCCACCCAAAAAACCCUAAAUUUCUGUUUAACACCAUUUUAGCAACGUGGUUAAUAGUGGUGAAAGGAGUUUUAAAAAUUGGCUUUAAAAACAAUUAAAACCAUAGCAUUUUGGUAUUACAGUGGUGUGAUGGGAUGAUGAGCUGCUUGUGCGUAAAAUCGUAUCCCCUCAGAGUUUGUUCAAGUCCACAAACCUCUGUCUGUGACGGAGCCCCUCAGACAUGGCUCCUCUAGUCACUAGCAGAUUCCGACAGUGGUUGCUUUCGUAAUCGCUUCCAACAUAAAAGCUCCUUAACGGAAACACGUCUUCUGGACUCUCUGCGUGACAGUUUCCGGCGAGGAGUGGGUGUUCUUACAGGAGGUCCUGAAACCUCCCCACUGUUUUCGCUGGAAGUGUCUCUGAGCCAUCCCUCCAGCUCAGCUCCUCUCCCCUGCUGGUUCCCUCUUCAGCUGCUGCGUCUCUCCCAACCUGUGUGAGCCCUUUCACCUCCCUGCUGGUUCCCUCUUCAGCUGCUGCGUCUCUCCCAACCUGUGUGAGCCCUUUCACCUCCCUUCCGUCCGAUGGCAGUUCCCUGACAAGUGGUACCUCGGGUUACAGGUGCUUCAGGUUACAGACGCUUCAGGUUACAGACUCCACUAACCCAGAAAUAGUACCUCAAGUUAAAAACUUUGCUUCAGGAUGAGAACAGAAAUUGUGUUCUGGCAGCGUAGCGGCAGCGGGAGGCCCCAUUGGCUAAAGUGGUACCUCAGGUUAAGAACAGUUUCAGGUUAAGAACGGACCUCCAGAACGAAUUAAGUUCUUAACCCGAGGUACCACUGUAUAGUGUUAUACCUCUCUUCUUCCUGCUUUUUAAAAGACACCUCAAAAUGUGUUACUGUGAUAAUUAAAAUAUUGAUUUAAGAAUUGGGUUAUAUUGGAGCGUAGUAAGGUGACUUAAACUGAGAAAGACCCAUUGGUCCAUUGAACUCAGUACUGUCUACUGACUGGCAGUGGUUCUCCAGGGUUUCAGACAGAAGCCUUUUCCAGCUGUUCUUGGAGAUGCUGGGGUCGAACUUGGGACCUUUUGGCAUGCAAAACAUUUGCUCUACUACUGAACCUUAUGGCACUUCCUCUGGGUUAUAAAAUGGCACCCUCACAAAGGCCAUAGUGAAUGUGUGCCGAGCUUCGUACGAUUCCACCACAGCUGCUGUGCCAUGCCCAGUGGUUUGAAUGGAACACAGUGGAAUGCACAAAUGGGAAGAGUGCAGUUCUCCUAAUAAUGUGCGAAAGUCCAUUGCAAUUCCUCUUGCAGCCCACGAUAGAAGAGCAAUGCUUGGGUAGCACCAGGCUGCAGUUCUUCAAGAUCUUGCAACACAGUUUCACAUAUUCACAAAUAAAACUACAUGCACUCAUUGUUUUUAAUGACGUUACCGUGACAUUGUGCUCUCAAGCAUUUUAUGUCAUGCUGAGUAAUCAAACAAUCCCAAGCUGAUCAUCGCAUUUAAAGUGAUGUAAAUUGUUUUCACUGAGUAUAAACCAUAAGAAACCUAUAGUCUUGCAAUUGAGUGGUUAGUUUAAAUCAAUACUUGAAUUUUUGCCCCACUCCCAAAAAUGUACUUGAAGACUAGUAGGUCUGUACAUGUAGUGAGCUUCAUACAAGACACAGAUGGUUGGAACAGGAUAACAUGCCAACCUUCAAACAGGCCCAGAUGUUAUUGGUGGGACAUGGAUCAAUUGACUCUGAGAGGAAGGAAGAAUGAGUUCAAGAACCUUGGGUCAGUGUGUCUAUGAUUGUUGCCGUUUGGAGGCCAUUUUAAGUUGUUCUUUUAUGUGGUGAGCCAUAUGUGUGCAGUAAUUCGUCAUAACUACUACCAACUUCUUUGGGAAGACACAGAUUGCCCAGUCUUGGGGGUGAGCUCUUUUAGAAGAACAGUUUACCAUGCGAUGACUGCCACAUCCAUUAGUUUAAAACAUCUCCCGUGUGCUAUCUCAAACAUGCAUACCCAACCUAAGAGUCCUCCUUGUAUUCCACUUUAUAUUUGGCAGGGUAAAACCUUUGUUGCUGCAGUCUUUGCUGGUUUCACUGCCAUUGUUUCAGCUUUUCUCUUCUAUCCGUUGUUUUUGGCUGUUCUGUCUGCUUCGCUGCUCUUGAAAUGGCAGACUUAGCUCCUCUUGAAAUAUACAAAAGUACAACAUGUCCCCUUUUAGCAUUUAAGAUGUUGUCAGUUGUCACCCUCUUGUUGCCACGAAACUCCUUCAGCUCAUGUGCAUUGUCAGAGGCCUGCUUUUUGUGUGGCAUAGGAUUGUAGAGUUGGAAGGGACCCCACGGGUCAUCUAGUCCAACCCCCUACAAUGCUAGAAUUUCAACACCCAUCCAAUUUUAUUUUAUUUUUUAAAAAAUUAAUCAUUUUUUAUUUUUGCAAUUGUAACAAUAACGAUAAUCCAGAUGUAAAACAUACAACUGAUUUUGAGUUCCCUUCCCCCCUUCCAUGGUUCAUUUUAUAAUUUUCUUCUCCACUACAUAUUCUGAUUUUCCCCAAUAUUUUCUUUUUCUCAGUUUUAUAUCCCAAUAAUUCUUACUGCUGAAAUUACUCUAAUACUAUCCAGACUGAAGCCAUAGCAAAUGUGCUAGCAGUUUUAUUGCUGCAUCGCCAUUGUGAAUGUGAUCUGCCACAUGCAUAAGCCUAAAACAAUUAAUGGGUGAUAAAAUGACAAUAAGCCACAGGUUUAUCACACAGGAAUGGAACACCUAACAAAGAGUUAAUACUUAAGUUCUCUAGAACGUACUUUUAUCUGUUUCCAUUAUGCAUUCUUUAUUUUCUCAUUAGUAGUUCUGCAAGAGGGGGGGAAACACUAAUGGAAGAGGAACAUCUGAACUCAGAUCUUAAUAACUUCCUAACAAGCAGUGGCAAUGCAUUUAAAUGAAGAAAGUGCCUUCAUGUUACUGAGGUCCAACUAAGUGUUUCAACUUGUCCUGCUACAUGUUUUCUCUGAGGCUUGUUUACCCUAUUGUACAACUCAAACUUGCCUAUCUUGUUGGGCAAGUACUGCUAAGAUUCCAAAACUGCAAAGUGAAUGAUAGUAAUAUUACCAAAGCACAUUCUUACAGUGCGCCAUCUAUGGCUAUUGUUACAGGUAGGUAGCCGUGUUGGUCUACCGUAGUCGAAACAAAAUUAAAAAAUUCCUUCCAGUAGCACCUUAGAGACCAACUGAGUUUGUUACUGGUAUGAGCUUUCGUGUGCAUGCACACUUCUUCAGGUACUUCAUGUGGUAUCUGAAGAAGUGGGCAUGCAUACGAAAGUUCAUACCAAUAACAAACUUAGUUGGUCUCUAAGGUGCUACUGGAAGGAAUAUUUUUGUUUUGUUUCAUCUACGGCUAUUGUCAUUAUGUGUGCAUAUGUGCAAUUCUGAGGCAAAUAGCAUCAUAGCAAUCUUAUUCUAUCUCUCUCUUUUGUAAAGAAUAAGCCAGCUUUGGGAAUGCUGCCCCUUUGUGAUUAUUUUAGUGUGCUUUUGGUAAAGUAGGAGAGAUCAGUGUACUUACAGUCUAAAUUCUAAAUAAGUAUAUUACUAGGCUCCAUGCUUAGAUAAGCUUGAUCGUAGACACAGAAAACCUGGAUUAAAAUAUCACCAAACUUUGUAUUCAUUAGGUUAGCAAGUCAUUAUCUUUCAGAUUCCUAUUGGUACAAUAGAAACAAAUGCUGGAGUGAAAAUAAGAUUAGGAUUGUAAAACUCUGUGGCCUUGAUCAGACAAUAACCGGCAUUCCUACCUUCCUUCUGAGGCCAUUGGUCUUUAAUGCAUGAGUCCAAAAUGAUUCAGAAGGGUCUGCACUUUAGGGCCAGAUCACAUGGCUUAAAGAUAUUGACUGUGGAGAUAAGUCAUGUAACAUUGACCAUAGUUUGCCUGGCAAGGAGAGAGGGAAUCAACAUAAAACCACAAAAUAUAUAUUCAAAAUAAAAAGAACAACCCAAUAACGCCCCACAAAACACCCAUGUUUUAAAAGGGCUUUGGAUGUCAAUCAGAUCAUCUGAAGGCCUGGUUAAAAAGGAACAUUUUUGCCUGGUGCCUAACAUUUUGCCUGUAUAAUGAAGGUACCAGGCGAACUUCCUUGGGGAGAGCAUUCCACAGACAGGGAGCCACUGCAGAGAAGGCCAGUUCUUGUGUUGCUCCCUCCGAUCCUCUCAAGGAGGAGGCACACGAAGAAGGGCCUCAGAAGAGGAUUUCAGGGUCCAGGUAGGUUCAUAUGGAAAGAGGUGGUCCUUGAGGUAUUGCGGUCCUGAGCCGUUUAAGGUUUUAUAGGUCAAAACCAGCACUUUGAAUUGGGCCCAGAAACCAAUUGGUAGCCAGUCCAGUCGGACCAGGAUCGGUGUAAUAUUUUCUAAUUGUCAUGAGCAACCUGGCUGCUGAAUUCUGCAUCAGCUGAAGUUUCUGAACCAUCUUCAGAGACAGCCCUACGUAUAAUGCAUUGCAGUAAUCUAGCAUUGAGGUCAUCAGGAAGUAUACAAAUGUGUGUCACUUAGCAAGCCUCCAAACUAUGGUUUUGAGAACUAGGAAUAUAUCCACACUGGACUAUGAAGGGCUGGGAACCACAGUGUAUUUGAUCUUUGUUUCCCUUGAAUUUAUUCAUGGAAAGGGAUGGUGGUUUGUUCUCAUUUUGUCUGGAAACAAGAAUUUUCCAUUAAGGAAAAUUUUUGCUUUAGUGCUUAAAUGUUUCUUUCCAGGCCUCCAUCGUUAAAUUUUCCAAGUUGCUAUCUCUGUUUUGCUUUGUCUUUGCUUUCAGUAUAGAGGCAUUCUUUUAAGAGAGUUGGGCUCAAGUUUAGAACCAGUAUUUAUAAACAGAAAUCUAAAGGGGGAAGUGAAGCAAGUCUCGUGAUUUAGUAAUAUCUCAUUUUGUUAUGAAAAUGCAGCUUGAAAGGACUCUUGAUUAUUGGAGGAGCCCUGUUGAUUUCAGGGUGGGGUUCGCAUUCAUGACAGUAUGAUUUCCCUGCUGGUUUGUUUUUUUUAAAAAAAUAAAGCUAAAAUUAGAAAGCACAAUCCAAUUAUAAUAGUCAUGUUUGCAUUUUCCCCUUUCAUUACACCUUAUAUAUGCUGUAUCAGUUCAAAGAGCAAAUACUUAAACUGGAUUAACUUGUUUGAAACUUCAGGUAUGUUCUUUCUUCCCAGCGCCUGCAAUUUGCAUCUCUUAUUACAAAACUUUGUGUAGUAUUACUAAUAAAUAAACUGCUUCUGCAGUUGAUGGCUGGCUGUCUUUAAAGCAAAUUUAUGUAAGUGUUUACAUAUCAGCUCUGGUUGGUAUUUGAGAGGGAUCUGGCAAAGCUCCUGCCUUUUUGAACAGAUAAACAGUUAAAAAAAAUAUUGGAACAGCUAAUACAUAAUAGCUGCAAAUGUUGGUAAUUAUGUAAUCAUAGAAUUGUAGAGUUGGAAGGGACCCUGAGGAUCAUCUAGUCCAACCCCCUGCAAUGCAGGAAUAUGCAGCUGUCCUGUAUGAGGAUUGAACCUGCACGAUUCUCUAACCAACUGAGCUAUCCAGUGGUGUUUAGUUGAUUGUGUAACCUUUUAUAAAUUACCCAACAUAGGAAUUAUGCAGCUAAUGAAUUAUGCAAAGAACAGAUUGUCCAAAAAUUGUUCCACCCCUUUAGAAGUUCAGCUAAAAGUUGACAUUUCUACCAUUUGUGCUUCUGUAAUAAAUGCUUCUUUUCUGUUAUGCUCCUGUCUUGUGGCUAUCUGACCUUUUGUGCUUUUUAGGAUUAAACACUUUCACUCAAAAGAAGAAGAAAAAAGCAAGCAGAAAUUCUCUGUGUGCGUUUUGCUCAUCAUAAAUAAUUUCUACAGCAUAUUAAAUGUAAUUUUUCAACCUAAAUUUUGUUUCUAGCCCAGUGAGGUUGCUCCCGUUGUUCUCAUUGCACAGGUCCUUCAUGUUUAAGAAUUUGUUAAAAUUUCAGAACACAUCCAGAAUAUUUGGCUGAUUAGUUUGAUGUUGGUACAGUUUGAGUGCAGCAUGUGUCCUGCCACUUGAUGGUUUGGUGUUAGCAUGGUUUUUAUAUCAUUUCACAAAUGUCCAGGAUUAGUUUUAUGCUGUGAUGGCUGGAAAGGGUCAGGGUGAUGCAAUGACCAUUUACCAGGUGGUAACUUUGUUAUAAACAAUACUGGCUUAUUUACCGUAUUUUUCUCCCCAUAGGACGCACCGCCCCAUAGGACGCACCUAGUUUUUUGGGGGGGGGGAAUAAAGAAAAAAAUUUAUUCCCCCCCCCCAGGCGCGGGGCUGGCGCGGGGAAGCCCGAGCUUCCCCCGACCUGAGCCCCGAGAACAGCCUGCUAUCCGCAAGCCUAGGGAGCCCAGCGGGAAGUUGCGCCAGUCUCCCCAGGCUUGUGGAGAGCUGCGCGAAGCCCGGGACUGCAGACAGCUCUGCGCAGCCCUCGGGAGCCCGGCGUGAAGUCGCGCCGGUCUCCCAAGGGUUGCGCAGAGCUUCCUGAAGCCUGGAGAGCGAGAGGGUCGGUGCGCACCGACCCUCUCGCUCUCCAGGCUUCAGCGAAGCCUGCAUUCGCCUCCAUAGGACGCACACACAUUUCCCCUUCAUUUUUGGAGGGGAAAAAGUGCGUCCUAUAGGGCGAAAAAUAUGGUAGUUAUUUUCUACAGCUAGUUAUCAUUUGUGAAAUGUUCUUCUGUAUUCUCUCAGUGUUAAAUCUUUUGGGAAAAUAUGAAUAUAAUUUUUGCUACCCUUUUGGCAAAAAUACUUGAGUAAAAUGUUCUUUUCAAAGUGCAAUUCUCCAUGUUCAUGUAAAGUAAAAAAAAAAGUAAAAGUAAAAGAAAUUUAGGAUAGCCAUGUUUUAUUUAUUUAUUAGAUUUGUAGACCAUCUUUUUACAGCAAAAUCCUCCUAAGGGAACCUAUAUAAAAAGGAUAAAUACAAUUCCAUAUUUUUGGAGGGGAAUACUUGUAUCCUGAUUGAAACCGCUGUGAAAACUUCGUUGUUUUGAAAAAAGAUAAGCACUGAUGUCCAUUUUAAUGCAAUUUUAUCCUACCAACUGAAUUCAUUCUCUUGGUUGAGAUUUCUUUUCUUUAGACCAUUUUCAGAUUGAUGAUUGGUAUUUGAUAAGCAUCGCAGUGAUGCCUCUUUAGACCAGCUGUUCUUAACCUUGGGUAUCUAGAUCUGAGAUGUUCUUGGAACUACAACUCCCAUCAUCCCUGACCCCUGCUCUUGCUGACUAGGGAUGAUGGGAGUUGUAGUCCAACAACAUCUAGUAACCCAAGGCUGAGAAAGGAUGCUUAGGACAGUGGCAGAGGUACAUGGAAAGGUUUUACAUUAUUGGCAGUUGUGCUAAGUUUAUAAUAACAUUCUCCCUCUGUUUCUGUUUCUGCCUCCAGACAUCAGACACUUGAAUGAGUGGUAAAUGAAUGCAUUUGUACUAUUAGAGUGGGCCUGAGAUGACGUACUUUUGGUAUAGCUAACUCUUGCUAUAGGUAGUGUCGAGGCUUGUUCUGAAAUGCAGUUUUGAUGACUGUGUGGAAAUUCUAGAGUGCACAAUGUAGCAAAAUGUAUGCUUUGUGAUUUUUUGGAAAGCUGAGGCCUUAUGAAAGUGGCAGUGCUUGAAGGGCAAAUCCAUUCUGAGGGACAGUUUUUAAAAAGUCAAUACAGUUGUGCCUUGGGUUACAGAUGCUUCAGGUUACAGACUCCGCUAACCCAGAAAUAGUACCUCGGAUUAAGAACUUUACUUCAGGAUGAAAACAGAAAUCAUGCAGUGGCAGCGCGGCGGCAGUGGGAGGCCCCAUUAGCUAAAGUGGUACCUCAGGUUAAGAACAGUUUCAUGUUAAGAACAGACCUCCAGAACAAAUUAAGUUCUUAACCCGAGGUACCACUGUAUCUCUCCCCAAUCUCCUGCAACUUGUUGGAAAAGAACAGACAGCUUCUCCAUUCUCCGCCACCAUCCCAGUUAGGGACAGUUUAUAGUUUACAUUGUUCUGAGUGAAAUUAACCCCCUCCUAAAAAAGGUUCUUCUCCUGUCUGCCAUUCUAGUUUCCACUAACUGCACCAAGACUCCUACACCAUAGGGUGUCAUCUGCUAUAUUCUAGUUCUAGUAUGUAUUCCACCCGUACUUGUAAUGAAGAGUUGAGACAUGCACUUGGAGUUAACUAAGGCCACAGCUUGUAUUUAAGUACAACAGUGGCAGGUGUAAAAUUCAAGCAGAAAAUGCUAUGGGCUGUGCAGAGACUAGUUCAACCCUCCAUAACCUAACCAGAUGUUUUGGACUACCACUCCCAUCUACCCCAGCCAGCAUGGCUAGUGGACAGGGAUGGUGGGAGUUGUAGGCAGGGGUGGAUCUACUAUGAAACUAAUGAAUCUGAAGCUUCGGGGCCCCUAAUCCCCUAGGGCCCCUGAAGCAACCUUAGUCCACAUUGCUUACAAUUUUUCGGUCUAGGAGACUCAAUUUGAAUGGUGCAACUCAAAUUGAUUCAUCUUUUGUUAUAUAUAUUUCAACAAUCCCGAAGUUUGAGAGCCAAUAGCACAGAUUUUGUAAAGGUGUGGUGAUCUGCCAUGGAACAACAGCACUGAAGAAAACAGUGGUUACCCAGACCUCAUUGCUGGUUGCAAAGGGGCCCCCAUGACAGUUCUAUCUUCAGGGCCCCCAAAAUGUAGGUCUGCCACUGAUUGUAGUCCAACGACAUCUGGUCACCAGGUUGGAGAAGACUAGGGUUCUGCCCGGACACUGAGGUCCAGUGCCGAGGGCCUUCUGGCUGUUUUCUCACUGCGAGAAGCCAAGUUACAGGGAAUCAGGCAGAGGGCAUUCUCGGUAGUGGCACCCCCCCUGUGGAACGCCCUCCCACCAGAUGUCAAAGAGAAAAAUAACUACCAAACUUUUAGAAGACAUCUGAAGGCAACCCUGUUUAGGGAAGCUUUUAAUGUUUAAUAGGUUAUUGUAUUUUAGUGUUUUGUUGGAAGCUGCCCAGAGUGGCUGGGGGAACCCAGCCAGAUGGAUGGGGUAUAAAUAAUAAAUUAUUAUUAUUAUUAUUAUUAUUAUUAUUAUUAUUAUUAUUAGGUGAGCCUAGCAUUGUUUCCUUCUCUCCUAUCUUUUUGGCCUUUCCUUAAGUAUGAUUUCCAUGAUUCUGAGUGUGUGAUCCAUAAGAACAUAAAAAGAGUUUGCUGGCCUAUCUAGUCCAGUAUCCUGUUCUCACAUUGGCUAACCAGAAGCCUAGAGGAAGCCCACAAACAGGACCUGAGCACAAUAGCAGUCUUCUCCAGUGGUUUCCAGCAACUGGUAUUCACAAGCAUACUGCUUGUGACUGGACAGUACUGAAGCUGAUGCUUUGCCCUCCCAUUGGUUCCAGCUCCUUGAAAGGGACAGUAACCCUUUUACCAUAAACAUGUCUCUGGAUCCUCAUCAAUGUUUAUGCUCAGCAACAAAUUCAUGCAAUGCCUUGUCAUUUAACCAAACUCCUCCAUUGGUUGGUACCACCAUAAUACUAGAUGCCAAAUGCACCUGCUUUAACUGUGCAUAGUAGGUGGAUAAGCCUGCUUCACUAUGCCAAUUUGAUUUGCAGGUAAAAAAAAUAAUCCUGCUCUAACCCUAAAGCAAGUAGCAAAAUCUGCAUGGGAAUAACAGUUGGGUGGGAAGUUAGUGGGUGUCUGGAUGAUCAGAAAGAGGUGAAUGGGCCUAAGUGAUAGGUUUCUGUGCUCUUCUUUCUCUCGCCUCCAUAUUUGUUUGUGGGCGGGUGCAUUGGUGUGUUCCAUGCUUGCCCUGGCAUGCCACAUCCCUAUCUCAGGCUGGCUGCGGUGCUGCCCUCCACCCUGUAGCAUUCUGUGUUGGAAGGAGCAAAAUAGUCAACAAAUUUCUGUGUUUGUAAAAAUCUGCAUCUAAGAAGUGUUCAGUGCCAGCAAAAUCAAGGUUGAAGAAUCCUUCUGAAAUGACUUGGGGCGAGCAGAUGGACCAAAAUCGCUUUUGUUCUGAGAACAUGGCCCCCAAAAGUCCUAAUCAGAAGAAGUCACACGUGGCUUACCCCAAGGAAUCAUGGGAGCUGCAGUUUGCUAUGGGUGCUAGAAACUGUAGUUCCAUGAGGAGUAAACUACCGUUCUCGGGGAUUCUUUGAGGGAAGCCAUGUGUGGUGUGGAUGUGAUGCAUUCCUUUGCGAUGGAAUGCAUUUCGCUUCUGUACAAAGCAUGAGGCAUUUUUGUUGAGUGAUUCUGCAAAUAUUUUGUAUGCCGGUAUCUGCCAAGACUCAUCUCCUUCUGUUCAGUUGGUUGGGGUGGAUUUAGACAAAUGUGUCACAGUUCAACUACACAAACCAUGCUUUGGUGUUGCAUGUGAACUACACCAAUGGCGAAUUGUGGUUAUGCCUCUGAAGUUAAGCAAACUUCUUAUUGGCUGUUACCUGACCUGAUUACCUAGCAGCCCUAUAUAUGUCCCCCUUGAGUUCUUUUGGAGUAAGGGCAGGGCACAAAUGUGGUGUAACAAGUGAGGGUUAUGAUGCAAAGAAUUCUUAAGAUUUACAGCAUGUUAGCCCAUGAUGUAACCACAUUCAGUUCUUCUCCUUCAGUAACAAAUGAUAAGACAGCAUGUCUUCAAGAGAGGUUCAACCCCCAGAACCUCGUAUUAGAAAUUGAUUGCCAGCAACAUGGUUUCUGGUGCUUAUAUAUUUGAUUUUUAUUUAAGAAUUUAAUAUCCCACCUCAUUCCUAAGAUUCCCGGAAGCGUGCAAACAAAUGAAAAUCAAUAUUCAUAAAGCAUAAUGGACAUUAAAGAGCAACAACAGAAGCAAGUAAAUCCGUUUGAACUUCCACCUUACCCAUUAAAAGCCCUUCUGUGUAAGGAUGCUUCGCUAGGUUAUCUGAAAGCCUACAAAGUUUCAAAGAGGUGUGAGCUCCAUAGGCAGCUGACUUCCUUGAAUAGGGACUUCUGUUGAGAAGGUCCUCUUUGGCUUAUGAUGAGCAGAAAUUUGGAUACACUUCUGUUUUUCCAUAAUGAUCGUCUUAAUGGAAUGUUCUGGAUAAAUAUUAAGGACAGCCCUAUUGGGUCAGAUCAAGGGGUUUAUGUUGUCCAACAUUUUGUGCCUGCCAGAGAAGCACACAAGCAGGGCGUGAAAGCAACAUUCUGGACUUCAGUGAUGCUCUAUGCAUAGGGCUGCCUUUGAAGUCUGCCUACAAACUUCACCAGGUUCACAAAUCCAGCCAUCAGAAUGCUUGUGGGGAUUGAUCAUAUUUCACCAAACUACCAUCAGUUGCCUUGGUUGCCAUUUGUUUCUGGGCUCAAGUUAAAAUGUACCCUUUAAAGACCUGAAGAGUUUGGGACCAAGUUCUACAUUUAAUAAUAAUAAUAAUUUGAAGGUUCCUUGUGACACAAGUACUUUUGAUGAAGGAUGUUAGUAGCAGUGUCAGAGAACAUCGCAAAAUAUGGUGGGAGGUAUCUAAUUAGGAUGAGUUUGAGAGAUACUACACAUUAUACAAUUUGCCUUGAAGCAGUGUACACCUUUGUUAUCUCAAGAAAAUACUUUGGUGCAAAUUUUAGGUAUUGUGGUCUUCCAGACCAUGUCCCCACCCCCAGUUGUGCUUAUUAAUGCAGUUGUAGUGGUGACUUUGACCAUCACUUGCAGAACUGAAAAAUGCACAAUAUAAACAGUACUUGGAAUGGGAGGGGGAUAACCAAAGCUUUGCAGUCUUUUCAGACAAAUGAAUGUGUCUCUAAAGCUUCUUUUAAAAAAAAAAUAUCUGAGUCUGUUUUGUGUAAUUGCUGUGCAGCAACAGCUUCCCUCCCUCUUUCUCUCUUUUGAAUGCAGACAGUGGCUUGACCAAACUGUCUGAUCCACUCCAUUUUCUGUCUCUGUCCCCUGUGUAUUGCUUCUGUUACUGUAUGAAUAUGGAGCAGUUGAAGUCACUGACUUGGCUGAAGGCCACUUUGUGCUCUGUGUAUAGCUUCUGUGAAGACCACUUUAAUGAACAGUAUGAUGAUGUGAUUCAGAGAUAAGCAGAGAUUCAGCUUGGAUGAACGGUAUGUUAUUCUCUUUCUAUCUUGCUUUCUUCGCUGCUUCAAAACCCUGCUUAAAUACUUGAUAUCAUCUAUUUUUCCACUCUUUUCUCCACCCCUUUGCAUCUCUCUCUCUCUCUGGAAUCAUUUUCCUUUCUUCCUUGUUAGGCAAACUGAUGCUGCUUUGAUAGCUAAAGGUCUGCCUCUGUUAAGUAACAUCCAUUGCUCGAAGAGAAGUCUUGUUCAACAGCCUUGUAAGUUAAGAUCGGUAGAUGAUCACCGUGUAAUAUAUAGUAUAAUAAUCCAUGUAAGCCAUUUUGCAGCCCCAAGAUCCCUUGGUAUGAAAUAAAUAUAGAUGUAAAUAAAGUAUUGCAUUAUAACUGAGCUUAUGACUUUCCUAUUUAUACACGGCUUUGAGUUUUUAUGUAGUAGGUUUGUAAAUACUGAUUAUUAUACAUGGAUGUGUCUUAUUCUACUAAGACAAGAAGCAUCAAAUUCAUGAAUCCCUGGAUGUUAUGUGGCAGUCUUAUGCUGGGUUUGUUCACAGUUGGCCCAUUGUAGCCAAUGGUGUUUACUCCCACAUGAGUGUUUGAAUCGCAGCCUUAAAGAAAUAGGACUUUGCAACUUUACUUCUAGUUUUUGAACACGUGUGCCACCACUGAAAUAGAUAAAUGGAUAUUUUCUGAGCAAUUUUUUUUAAAAAAAAUAUGUUUAAACCAUGGAUUGUUCAUUACAUAAAGAUAUCAGUGGAUCUACUUGGAGUUGUGACUUAGUCAGAUACUACUUUGAGAAAUUUUGUCAUUUUGGAAUACUUUUAAUAUUUCUUUUCAUGUCAUUGAAAAUUAUUCCUACGUAUAUUAAUCCUGUUACCCUGUCUUUGUUAACUGUUUUAGUGUUUACACAUUUUAUUUCUUAACCGUAAGUAAUAGUUAAUACUGGCUCUGUGUGUGUUUGUUUGCUUCAGUCUCACUAGUCUUUACAUCUAGUGUAAAGUGGACUGUGUUGUCCUAACAGGGAACACGAAGGAUCAUAUAGAGGUUAUAGUUGCACUGGACAAAAAUCUAAGAAGUCAUCCAGUGAUUGCUUUAAUGUAUCUUGGUGUUGAGUUGUUAUUGAUGAUGGUGGGCUUAGAAUGGGGAAACCACUUACUGAGCAUAAAGUGUGGUUCUUGUUGGACCCUGGACUAGCCAUUUUGUCUCAAGGUAAUCAUUAUUGACGUAAACCCCCAAAACGUAUUUUCUAUAGUUAAGUUUUUACCUCUAGCUUCAGUACAUUUUAUUUUGUUUUGUUUUAUUGCCACAGCUAGUGGCUGAUGGAAAUAAAGAUUCUUCUGAUUCAAGGUAAUCAUGACAACAGAAGUAGCAUGUGCUGUGCUGAGCUUCUUGAUAAGAGCUGUUCGACUGUGGAACAGAAUCCCAUGAGAGGUAGUGGACUCUCCUUCCUUGGAAGUUUUUAAGCCAUAUAUGAUUUAGUUGAGGUUCCUGGACUAAAGGGGGUUGGACUAGAUGACCCUAGGGACCCUUUCCAACUCUACAAUUCUUUGAUUCUAUGGGGAUAGAUUUAAAAAAUGAAAUAAUGCCAUCAGUUUGCACAGCAUAAGGCUUUUAUUUUUUAAAGUAAAGUAAGCAAAUAGAUACUGAGGGCUUUCUGUUUAUAUCUUUGCAUUUUUGGACGAUGCCUACCAUGGGAGAUGGAUGUGUCUGAAAUUCUUGUGCUAAAGCAUUAAAGUCACAUUGCAGUAGAUUGCCUCAUCUAAACACAGGGAACACCAUUUACACAAUUCUUUGUUUAUUAUGACAGCUGUUAAAGCUCCAGAUAAAAAACUGGUAAGCAUCUGCCUUGGAUAAUUAUGAUUAAAGCUAAUGAUUUAACAGUGAUUAAAGCAGAGACUCAAAGUGUAGCUAACUUUGAAAAAGGGCCUUUUUAAAAUCAUUGGAACUGUGCACUUGUUUAUGUUGGAAGUUUGCAACUUCCUACGUCUACUGCGCCUUGUUCUAGAUGAGUAAUGAUUUUUCAUCUGUGGCUGCUAAUUCGUGUUAAGAGUUCAGAUCAUUCAGUAUUUUUAAAGAAAGUAGAUUGUCUUCCUUUCUGUGCUCCAGUGACAAACCUCUGUGCAGUUUUGUUGGCAUUUGUUCUACAGAUUGGUGAUGGUGUUGGAAAGUAGAGGAGAAGCCAUUUGCUCCGUUUUAAGAAAUUGAGUAUUUAAAAAGAGGUGAUGCUGGUAGCUUUUGCAAAUGAUGUGUCAUCUUGUAUCAAACUGAGCCCUAUUGUCAGGCCUCGCUGAACCUUCUUGCCUCCCUUCAGAUUUUGCUGCAAGAAAAGCUAAAGUUGACUGGCUCUCUAAUUGAUAUCUAGGUAACUGUAACAUGAAAAAUAAAGUUUAACAUAACUUAUUGAUGAAUAAGCAAUGUGACUUGGCCAUCCUAUGGAAUUCAGAUCAAUUUAUUCUCUAGUGACAUGUUGAUAAAGUGAGAAUGACUGGAGAAUUCACGUUCUGGCAUUUGAUAUCUGUGGGUUCUGGCAGAUGCUACAAGGGUUCUGUGGAAACUGCCAUGGUGUGAAAUUGCAGAAUCUGGUUGCUGUGUGCUAAGAUGGAUGCAGAAAUAGACCAUAAGGAUCCCUGACCUCUUUGCCCUACAUCAGCUAUUCUGGAUGACAACGUCGCCCUUUGUAUUUUUGCUAGUCUUGGAAUUACGUAGUUUGCUAUCUGUGUCUGGGCCAUCUUUGCUCAGGGACUGUGACAAGAAACAAUUGCCAGAAAUAGGCACUACAACAUUAUGUAAUGCUCUGGCAAGUGCAAUUUUAUAUUAAUUUCAAAUGAUACAAGUUGCUGGAGCAGAGGGGGAGUCCAUCUUAAAUUCAUUUGCUGUUUUGAUUCCCUUCCCCCUUGAUUAACAGAGGGGUUUUUCCCUCACAGAAGUGACCAUGGUACCCUUGGUUAAGUUUACUAUAGAAACCUAUAAUGAUCAACAAAGCAACUGGGAUAUAUGACUGCAAAACUAAAUCAGUUUGUUUGUGGACCAUAUUGAGCAAUGUGCGGAGGAUGUUUCAGCAGGAAGUCUAAAAAUAUUUGUUAAAGUUUUUCUCCAGAGAGACGCCUCAGAAUGUCAGGAAAAUGAAACAUGUGUUUGCAGGGUACAGGUACUUGAAAUUUUGUCUGGCAAAAAUCAGGUUUGGGAUCUGCUUUGUGAGGAAAACGUAGAUUUACAGCAGAAGUAGAGAGCCUGGGACCCUUCACAUGUUCUCUGUCCAGUGGUUAGACCAGAUAGGAGUUUUAUUCCAGCAACAUCUGGCAGGCCACAGGUUGAGGGACCUGUGGCCCACUGGAUGUUACUGGGCUGCCACUAGUCUUCUGGAAGAAUGUCAUAAACUUUACUUCCCAUGACGAUUUACGUAGCUUUAAGACAAGUAGGAAGAAAUAUGCAUUAGAAUGCAAAGCAAAUUAGGACACAGCGACAUGAAACAAUGCUGUUAAAUUAGACCUUACGUUAGUGGAAGACUUCUGUACAAGAGUGUCCUGUGAAAUAAAGAAUCUUAUUUGGAGAUUGUUUCAGUAAUUUAACUUGUGCAAUAAAUAAUGUGUAUUAUCUGCUAUAAAAUAUGGUGGACUCGUCAGUCGGCAGUGUUAUAAUGAUUACAAUGGUGAAUAAGCUGUAAAUAGUGGAAUGCUGAUUAUGUAACUUUAGUAGAACAUGCAAGUGUGUUUUUCUGCUAAAAUUAGUGAAAUGCAUAAACUGCCUUGAAGACCUGGCUUAGAAAUGGCAUGUAAUCAAUUACGCCCCCCCUCCCCACCCCUUUCUCUUUGCUUCUAGAUGUUGCAGGGCAGUGUUUCAAUGCUGUGUUUAGAUGGUAAGCUGAUUAGCCCUGUGCCAGGGGACUGGUGUAAUGGGUUGCCAUUCAGAGUGCACUGUGAAACCACACACACAAAUUACCUCAUCUCAUUAGAUGAUCGAAACCUUGAUUUGAGCGUUUCAAGAUCAUUUCAUGAGCUCUAUAGCAGGGAAGAGAUACUAAAAUUGUGAUGGCUUCAUUUACUUGGAAUGAGCUUGUUAGAUGUUUUCUUACAAGACAACAGCAUAGGUUUAGUGACAAGUAGAGACGGUUUCGUGGAGGUGCAUGUUUGAAGAGUGAGGUUUUGAUCUACAUACAGUACAAGCUUAAUGAUUCCUAAAAGGCCAAAUUUCUGAGAGUAAUAAAUGCUGUGUUCAUUGAAGGCAGGGUUGGGAACCCAGUGACCCAAUAGAAUCUGGAGGGGCGCAGACUCUCCAUGCCAGCUAUGGGGUUUAUUAAAUGUUAAGUAUUGAGGUUACAUUUACGUUUGCGGUUUUGUGUGUGUGAUGUUUUUUCCUUUUCCCUGGUUGCUCUUUUUGCAAACUUGAAAGGAUCUGAGCUCCUGUGUAAAAGAUCCAGAAUUCAUGUAGGUGCAAAUAAGCACCUGCAGUUAGAGCACUUCAAAUGGUAAUGCUUUUGAGAAGCGUAUUUCCCUGUUAUUACUUGCCCCCAAGAUACAACGUAUAUAGACAGGAAUGCCACAUGAACUCUCAGACCCCGGUUUCAGGAAGGUGAUCUAAGAGAGUAAUUUUUUGGGGGGGCGGGGGGGUCUCGUGCUGCAUUCUCUCUCUCUCUCUCCUUCCCCCACCUUACUUCCCAUUGCUUUUAUCCAUGUUGUGUGUGUUUGCAAUUAGUUCAUUGCAAUUAUCUUGUUUUGAGUGGAGACAGUACUACAUAAUAGUUCAUAUUUUAAAAAGAGAUGAUUUCAUAGAUUGGCUAGACAAACAGACCUCAGCUAAUCAUUCCUAGGCAUGGGCCAAUUGCCUCAGCAAUACCUAAUCAAAAUGGUCCUCUCCAGACUGGGUUUUCUUUGCAGUUGUACUCUGCAACAUGUCAUUGAUGAUACGAUACUGCUUUAGAGGUGGAUUUAUACUUGACCAUCCACACCUCAUCCUGUUUUAUUAGUUAUUCUGCAAUGCUUCGCCAGUGUCAUUGCAUUUUGGAGGGGGGUAGUCAUAAACCAGAACAUGUGUGGUAUAAGAGUUACAGGAUUUCAGCAGGAAGUUAUGGGACAUGAAUUAAUUGGAAACGAAGCAUUAUGUCUGCCCCAAAACAUUUGGGUGGGCAAACACUAUUGAAUGCUGGCUGGGGUAUUACCGCCUGAUGCCAACUUGAACACCAAUAAUGAACGCACAAUAAAAAGGAUAUCUGAAGGUGCCUAUUGUCACUGUAAUUAAUUGUUGAGUUGGCUUCCCAAACAGGGCAGAAACAGCCUUAAGGCAAGGUGGUAUAAGCAAAACAAGCCAAAUAUAUGCUAAAAUGAAGAAGCUGGCCUGUACCCGACCCCGCAGCAUAAUUAAAUUAUUGACACUGAAGCUGUUGCAAUAUUCAACCACUGCCACUCCAUAGUUCCAUAGUACUUGUAUUGAAGGAGCAGACCUUGUUGAUGGGUUGUUUGCAAUUUGAAGCAAAAGGCAGGAGUGGCGGACAUGACUUUUAAGCGAUUGGCAUCGGUUGCUUCGGAAUAGUAAUGUCAAAUUCAUAUAAGUGAGCUGUGCGAAUGAGAAGGUAGCACAGUUGGCAGCAAGUGAAGACUUGUCUCACCAGGGUGGACUGCAAAGAAUCUAUUUUAACCUCUAAGCGGUUUUCUGUGGCUAAAGGGAGCACAGGAAUGCAGCUUGGAAUCCAGCAUUUAAAUUUAAAAAUGUGUGUGUGUUGCUAUCUGGAAUAUCUCUGAUCCUCUCAGGCUGGCCAGAUCUGAAACUUUGUUCUGCUGUGAGAAGAUGCAGCGCCUUAGCUGGGAAAGGCAAGCUUACUGAGGCUGGCGGCAUCUGUUUCUCCUUUCAGAGAAGCAUGCAACUAAAGAAGUGUGAAGAAAGUGCUGGGUUUUCUUGCCAAAAUUCACAAGCGUCAGGAUUGAGACCAUCUGCCAAAUGUUGUGAGCAGCGGUUUUAAGAAUAAAUGAUCAGAAUGAGUCAAAAGUGUUGAGGCAAAAUAUGUCUUUGUUUGGUUUGGGGCUGAAAUUUGUGCUGUGUAAUGCUCGCUUUGGCAAAAGUGUUCAAUGUUGUGAAUGCUUGUAUAUUUAUGUAUUUGUUCAUGUAGCAAUUCUGUAUACUAACAGAGAAUUUGUUCUCCCAGUGUGGAUCCUUUUGUAACCAAAAUGGCGGCAUCCAUGCACAAGAAUUAGAUACUAGCCUGCUGGGAAGGGGAAGCUUGGGCAAGAUGCUCUCAGUGAGUCCCCACCUUAAGCAGCUCCAUCUUCUACUUUGCCACUGGUAACUGCAACCCUUUUGUUUGGCCUUUCCUUCUGUUCCCAGUCCACACAACCACCCAGGUGAAUAGAGCCUGGAGGUUCUGGGAGUCAGGAGUACCUGCAGUGUUGUGAAGUUUAGCAGGUGCCCAACAGUGCUGACCCCCAACGCUGGCGUUGGGGAGUGCCAAGGUUUGCAGAAGGUUUACAAAAGCAAAAACUGGUAGGUGGGAACCUAAAAAUAGGCCCAGUGAUCACAGAAUGCUAACUUAGUUUUGUGGGGGAAUUUGAGAAUGAGGUGUGUGUGGGGAGACUGGAUUGGACUAUCCUGGAAAGAGCAUGGCUGUAUGGAAGCUGAAUGAGGGCACUCUGCCCUGCUGCCUCAUUUGAACCUGGUAUUAAAGUAUAUCUUCCAGUUAUCCAUACUUGACUGGUAAUAUACUAAGGCUUUUAAGUGUUGGGAAAUACAUUUGUGUAAUAUGUUUGACAUAUCUUUUUUCAAAUGGUUUGUUUUUUAAAUAACUCAUCUCUAUAACCUACCAUGGGGACUUUUUCAGGGGGUGGAAGGACAAGAUAUCCCUAAUCUCACCUGGCAACUGUUUCAGUGUGUGCAGUAAAAAGGCUUAUGUUAGGUAUGUUGGUACAAAUUCCAUUUUGUAUAUCUUUAAGGGCCUUUUAGGCUGCUUGUGAUAUGCACGUGUGGAUGUUAGUACGAGAUUGAAAGGGAACAGGAGUCCUUUCUGUUUGCUGGCCUUGCAGAAUCAGGAAGUACAAAAAAAUAAAUUCAAAAGUUACUUGUGAAAAUCGCUUGAGGGUUGCAUCUCCUUCUGCUGUGUUUUAUGUAACAUGCUUCUUCAGAUCACUUAAAGGUUCUGCAGGUGUCUUUCCUUGUGCCACAAUAUGUUUUCUUGACUAACUGGAUUCCAUGCACAUCUGGACAGCAAAACAGAUCACGAUCAGGAACCAGGGAACUAUGCAGCUAGUUCUGUGAGCUCUACAUGGGCGAAAUAAUCUUGAAGAUGAGUUCAGGCAACUACCAGUGUUCAGGACUGUGAAGAAUGUAAACCUAAACUUUGUUGCUAUAUUAUUAUGUUUUCACAUGUGUACAUUUGUCCUAAGAAGCCCGGUCGACAAGCCAUGUGUAUAACUGGCAAUGAGCCAAAACAUUUAGCCUCAAGAAGCCCCCAAGCAAUAAAAGCUAGAUUUUAAAAAAAUGCCAUUGGGAGUUGCUUCUGAGGUAAAUGUAAAGGCAAAUGGGGGUAAGCUAAAGCAGCCAAACAUGAUGCGACAGAGCACUGACAACAACAAAGGAAACAUGAAGGCAUAGUUCUGCGGCUCAUAAAUUAAACGUGGGCCUCUAAUGCUGAACGGGAGAAAGGAGAUGAAUAAGAAGUGUUCAGGAAUACUUGUAUAUUUGGUGAGGGACUCAUGUGCACUACUAUUUUUAGUAGCAUUAAUGCACAGAGGUGUCCUUUAUAUCACAGGAAAGUGCAGUACACUUCCCUUCUCUUAGAUUUACUGUUGCCAAAUGGCAGAAAGCUCUGUAUGUUGAAAGGCAGUUGGAACAGAAGCCAAGGACUGGAGUUGGAGUCUGGGUCAGGAGGUCCACAUUUUAAUCAAAGAUGCCUUUUGUGUAACCGUUUUCAUCCAUGACAGGGCACCUGCAAGCUUCCCAGAAUGGUAAAUUUAGUUUAUAAGGCAUAGAAUUUCUUGGUAGAUUGUGGAGUCCAGCAGAAGUUAACACAACUGCAGCCCCCUUUGGGCAUUAUUCAUUUGAUGACGGUCUCAUAGGUAAGGGGAGUCUGUGCCUUUGCCCCUGGCAGUGUAUGGUUCCCUGCCCACCCCCCACGCCCCAUAACCUACUUUGUGCACGGACGCCUUCUUAAGGGAAGAUUACACACAUAGAACUUCCUUCAGUCUUUCAUGCAAAGAUGUUGGGAGUGUGGGGCCAGGGAACUACAUAAUACCAGGGGUCAGGCCGAUGGGGUGGCAAAGUCACUGCCCCUUCUUUCUGUGAAGCCCUCUACAUGCAAAUGGCUGUGAGUUAGUGGUCUUUUUUCCCUUUUCUACCCAACAUGAUUAGUUCCUGGCCUUCCUUCCUAACUUUCAGUGUACACUAUUAAUUUUUAACUCAGUUUUGUGAGUGCUAAUCCAACACUAGAACCUUAUUUCAUGUUAACAUUAUUUGCCAGUUAAAAAGUAGCACCUAGUAUCUCUUGUCUUGUGCUAAGUAUCCUCUGGUUUUGUUGGUCUCCUUAAAGGCAUGUGGGGGAGAGCAGGAUAUCCUUUUUCAGUUAUUCCUUGGCGUUAUGGCAGCAUAGGCUCCAGUCUCAGGAUGGAAGUGAAAAGCGUGUUCUGAACUUCUCCAAGCACGCUUUGGCUCACAGAACUAAAGAGGUUCUUAGCUGCUCUUUUGCCGGGUGUCAAAUAAAUGAAUUUGACACUGGGAAACCUUAAAACUGAGCAAAGAGGGAGCUACAUAAAGGAAAGGCAGUGCAUGUUUCCGCCAGCCCUCUCUCGUGAGAUUAAAUAAAUGAAAAGUGAAAAACAAGAAAUGUACCGUAUUUUUUGCUCUAUAAGACUCACUUUUUCCCUCCUAAAAAGUAAGGGGAAAUGUGUGUGCAUCUUAUGGAACGAAUGCAGGCUGCGCAGCUAUCCCAGAAGCCAGAACAGCAAGAGGGAUUGCUGCUUUCACUGCGCAGCGAUCCCUCUUGCUGUUCUGGCUUCUGAGAUUCAGAAUAUUUUUUUCUUGUUUUCCUCCUCCAAAAACUAUGUGCGUCUUGUGGUCUGGUGCGUCUUACAGAGCGAAAAAUACGGUACUUACUACAAUUGUACCCUGGUCCCCGUCCCCCCUCCAGGGAGUACAGAGUGGCUUACAUAUGGUUCUCUGUGGACUCUCUUCCCCACUUAGCUCCAGUAGCUGAACUGAACCACAUCCAUUCAGACCAUCCUCUUUUCAGGAAAUAAUUGCCAACAUUUGCAAGCAAUUAAAACUUUCCUGCAGGACUGCAUAUGAAAUAUAAAACGUAUGCUGUAUGUAGAGAUGUAGGGUUUUUUUAAAGCAAUAAUUAUAAUAGAGAAUCCAUAGAAAGAUACAAAUCAACAGAAUAAGAGUUUUGGCAUUAAGCUUUAUAGGUUUACUGUGCAUGACAACUGCCCGUGCUCACUGUCCUUCCCCCCCCCCUUCACAGCACAAAAAUAGUAUUUGGUAUGCAAGGAUAAAAUCAGCUUUAGGCAGUUUGUUCACCAGUGAAAUAAGUACCUCUUUCCUUUACAUUAAAUCAUUCUGAAUGCAUACAAUUGCUGUUAUUUUCAUUCUAUUGUGUCUACUUCCUGUUGGUCAAAGGUUAUUAGAAUAGGGUGGUGUAUAACGAGAUGGAAAGCUGACAGGAAGACUUAACGCUGUGCUUAUUUUGGGGUAGACACAACUACUGAAAUGGUCGGGAUUUUGUGGCUGUGCUGAAAACAAAAUGAGGUACUUUUAUUAUCCAGUCUCAAGGUCCUUUUGUACAUAUGCACAGUCCUGUUUUUAAACUUGUUUCAGUGGCAAAUAAAAGCAACUCUAACGUUACUUUAUUUAAUAGAAAAAAAUGUCUUUUAGAAAAUUACGGUUAACUUUUCCUCCUAAGCAAUUCUGUUUGGUUUAAUGAUAUAUAUUUGGUCUUUUUUAAAUAGUCACUGUUCAGACUUCAAGAACAGUCCUUUGUUGAUAGUGUGUAAUACAACUGCCUUGGAACCUGAAAGAACACUUUCAAAAAGUACAGUAAUGUCCACCUUUUAAUGUUUGUUGUUGAAUAACAGUGUUCUUAAGAGCUAAUCUAGAUGACAUUUAUUGAGAAACAGCUGCUUGCCUAAGACAUGUUACAUGUGGAAAUCAGAGUAGAGGAUUCUUGUAACUUUGUUAAAAUGAAACCGGUAGAUUGUAAUACUCAUUGAUCCACAAGAAAGUUGUUUUUUGUUGUGUGACUUGAGGUUGUUUUGAAUUGCCUACUCUCAAGGUCUCUAACUGCACAGUCAUGAAUUCAUAUGUAAGAGUGUGGCUUCAUAACAAAUUACUGUACUUUUUAAAGUAAAUGUUCAUUCAUCGUACUGAAACGGAAUGUGAAAGGAAGAAAUGACCAGUGGCAGAAGAUAACGUAGGAGGGGCUGUCUUUCUUAGCAAUCCAUCUCUGCUGUAUUGUUCGGUUGUUGUUGUUGUUGUUGUUGCUGUUUAUUAUUUAUAAAGUUCUUAAAGUUGCUAGGAGCUGUACAGAAAGUAAAAAUGAACACAAAUCCUAGCAGGAGGUUUACAAUUUUAAAAAUUGACAGGAAAGUAAAAGGGGCUACAAUGAAGUGAUUAAGGCUGCAAUCCUAUACCGUUACCCUGGGAUUAAGUGUCAUUGAAAACAGUGUUGCUUCUGAGUAUACAGCAUUGGUCUGUAUAAAUAACAAAUUUUGCUAAUGCAUGUGAAUAAUAAUAAAAAAGCUUUGAAAAGCAGAAAGGUGUAAACUUGGAUUAAACUUGUUAAAAUGUAGUUUUUAUCCCUUUGAGAGGUUGGAAGUUUAUGUGAUAGCUGCUGGUUUUCAAAGCAAAACCUGACCACAGACUGGUUUUAGUGCAUUUGUUCUUCAUAUCUAAGUUUGUGCAUUUAAGGUGGAGGGGUAUUUUGGUUUUUCCUUAUGUUAUUUUUUUUUUAAUGAGUCCUGAUGAGAGCAGAUUACACCAAAGCUUGCACAUUUUAUUCAGAGAAAGGGGUUGAAACUUAGGAGAAUGUAAUGUAAAUAGCUGUGAGUUGUAAAAAGACUUGGCACUGUUGGUAAAAUGGAUAUAUAUGGAGCAAUUCUAUUCAGGGGCAUUAAUAAAGAGUUGAGUAAUGAGGGGAAACACUUGAAAGAGCCCCCCCCCCAAGUUGUCGUAAUAUAAAAAAGGAAACCACUGGACAAAAACAACAGAAUAUGUGGUGGCUUCCGAACUGCUGUUACAGCAAUGCCACCAGAAUGAACCACUUGGAGGUUAAUGUGGAAUGGAACAUGAUAUCAAACAAUACAUCUUUCCAAUGUGUUCAUCUAGUUAUGAGAACAGUUGUAGAAGAGAUAGAAAACGUUUCUUGAACAACAGAAAAUAAAAUUGAAGGUGUAUUCUAUUGUUGAGCACAGGGAAACAUAGCAUGCAACUAAAAAAAAAGUCACAGGUAAGACCAAUUUGGGCAUAUUAGGAAACCAUGAUUUCCUGUUACAUCUGAACCAGGCCAAAAGCACAGGUUUGCCUACCCUUGUUUUUGCAAUAAUGAGAUGGGAUAUUAUGGGAGUGAUAUUCAUAUUGUGAUUUUAAGUCAAAGGAAUGUUCUGAAAUCAUUCCCAUUAUUAAAAAUGGUCUGAUUCUAUGAGUAACCCAUAAUACACUGAGAAUCCCAGGGCAGCUUGGCAUACCUGUAUUUCUUCUUAUUUACCAUUCCCUUUAGUGUUGGGUGUUAAAAACUUUUGAUUUAGGUCUGGGAGUGGAUUGGGAACCACUGAAGAUUGCAAAGCUUAUUAAUAUUAAUAUCUAAAAUGUAUAUAGUGCUUUCAAGUCCUUAACAUGCGUUAGCUAGUUGUAAUUUUUAGAACGACUCUAUAAGGUUAGUAUUAUCUCCCAUAUUGUCCAUGGGGUGUGGGAAUUGAGGCUGAGAAAGAGUGACCUGCCAAAUACAAUCUAAUGAGUUUUUGGAAGAGGUGGGAUUUGAACCACAGACUUCAAGAUUCACAGCUCAAUUUCUUAGCCACUGAACUACACCAGCUCUCCUGCUUGUUGGGCACCACUGAUGGGGUCAGGAUGACAUUUUCUCAGUCAUCCUGACUGGUGUCACAGACGUUAAACCUUACCUUUGCUACUGUUCAAGCUAAUAACUUGAACAUAGGGUUAAUGAGUAACUGUAGGUACAUAGGAAGAUUAGUUUAAAGUUAUUGCAUUAUAAUUUAUCAUACCAUGUGGAUACUAACAGCGAUGGGAAACUGAGCUUGUGAACACUCUAACUUGUACCUUAGAAUCAUGGAAUAAUAAAACUGUAGAGUUUUAGCACAUACGUGAACGUAAGAGGGGCCUUCAUACUGCAUCACACCAAAAGGCCUGUCUAGUCCAGCAUCCUGCUUCCACAAUUGCCGUGGGAAUCCCAAGAGCAGGACAUGAGGGAGAUGGUGCUCAGUCCCAAGCACUUGUAUUCAGAGACACAUUCAUUCUGAUGGUAGUACAUAGCUAUGAUGACCGGUAACUGUUGAAAGCUUUAUCCUCCAUAAAUUUGUCUAAUGCCUCUUUAAAACAAAGUUGAUGGCCACCACCACAUAUUGUGGAAGUGGAUUCCUAAGUUUUUAGCUGUGCAGAGGAGUACCUUGGUUCUCAGACGCCUUGGAACCCAAACACUGCAAACCCAGAAGUAAGUGUUCCAGUUUGCGAUCUUUUUUGGGAAGCCGAACAUGCUGCAUUUUGAAUGUUACGCUGAGGUCUGUCUGUUUUUGCUAUUUAUUUUGCAUUUUUGUUUUUGUGGCUUUUUUGUUUUGCUUUUGUGACUGUGUGCAACUCCGUUCAGCUGCUGAUUGGUUGAUUGUGUGACUGCAGUACAUUGUUUAUUGCUUUAAUUUUAUGGAUCAAAGGUCUCAUUAGAUAGUAGCAUUCAUGUUAAAUUGCUGUUUUAGGAGUUGUUUUUAAAAGUCUGGAACAGAUUAAUCCAUUUUUCCUUACUUUCUAUGGGAAAGCGCGCCUUGGUUUUGGAACAAUUUGGUUUUGGAACGGACUUCUGGAAUGGAUUAAUUUUGAGAGUCGAGGUACCACUGUACUUACUUUAGCGUGUUGUGCUUCUCAUACAAUCCUUGGAUAACCCUGGCCACAUGGCUACAACAGGUUGAGGUGGCCUUUAGAAUAGUCUUUUAUUACAUGAACAAAACUGUAAUUAGACAGCAGCAUUCUAGGAGUGCUUCUAAUAAAGAAUGCUAUAACAGCGCUAAGUACCAUGUGGUUGGUAAACCCUUAAUAGUGAUAAAGUUCUUUGGGUUGCAUAAAAAACUACUAAUUGCUAAGCGUGUAACAACUGCAAAGCAUAGCAAACUUUCUCUCUCUCUCUCUCUUUGUUCUUCUUGCCUUUCUGACUGUUUUUUUCCUAUUAUUUUUUCCAGUGUAAUUGAACAAAUUCCAUUUCAGAUUGCUAAGCACAAAGCGCUUCAAUGCUGCUUUUCUGUUUUCAAUGUUUUCUUUGUUUGUAUAAGCAAGCUAAAGUUAGAACUGACCAACACAAAACUAGCAAAUGGUGACAAUAGAUUGAAAACAGGAAAUUUUGGCCGUGUGUGUGUGUGUGUAUUCUGAACAGAUUAUAAGGAUGAUAGCUGGUGGAGUGGAAACUUCCACUGAGACUGUUUUUUCCUUAUUUUCCCCUGCUAGAAAAGAUGAGGCUUCCUGGAAAACAAGCCUUAUGAGGUGUGAGUGCAGAGUGUUUUUAUAUCUUGGUCAAUAUCUUAGUAAAGGUGCACUGGAUAUUUUCCACAGUUCAUUCAUACUUGUGAAACAUUUUGCAAAAGGCAUUAAGAGACAUGGAACUCCAUUCAUCUCAAAUAAUAUUUUCACCAUUCUCUAAGACCAACCUGGCAACAACUUUCUAUUGAAUGCCUGAAUAAUAGUUGUAUGUGGAGUCGAAGAUGGGGCUGUCUCUACCCCCACAUUGGCAAGGGGAUGUCUAUAGCGGGAGCUUGUUGUAUGCUCAUUGCCUCCUGCUCUUGCGCAUGAUGUGGAACCCUGGUUGUUUCAGUGGGGAGGAUCCUGCAUGCAUACCACAGGGAGGCCAGGUGGUUACGUGGGGCCAGUGGUCGCAGCCCCAGCCUUGCGCUGUGUAGGGAGUUAAAGCUCAUGAUUGAAUUCCUGAAUCAGGCUUCUGUUGAUUGUGACAUUUGAUACUAUUGUCAAGUAGCACUCCAUAAAACAAAUGUGAGAAUAUUUAAAGCAAAUUGCAUUGAAUUUUCACAUUUAAAAUGAUACAAAGCAACUAUUUUAAUUAAAGGGAAAAUAGGGAAAACCUCACCAUUUGCUUGUUUAAAAGGCAAGGAAGCGAGAGAUUGAGGCUCAUUCCGAUACACAUAUACUUGGGGGUUAGCCGCAUUGAGUACAGGGAGGCCUUACUUUCGAGUAGUCGUGCAUGCUACUGUGCUGUAAAUUGUUUUGUUUGUAGCCCAUUCCUCCUCAGAGCUUUUGUUCCUUUGUCUUCACUGAUCAAUAUUCUGAUCCUCAGUUUUAGGGCUGGUGGUGUAACAUCCCUACAAUACCAAACACUAAUUAUGGUUUGGAUUAAGCUGUUUCAUUUCUCUGUCUUGGAGGAAAAGUUAACAUUUGCUUAUUGUAGUAACACUUCUGUAAGCAAAGAUCUGUUUAGCCUUUCUGAGCAUGCUUUUUCAGUUUCAACAUCAGGUGUCCCAGCUGCAAAACGUAAAUGGAUUUUUGUGAAGUAUCUCUUCAUGGACGAAUGAACAUAUAAACUUUGUAAGAAUUCUGUUUGGGAGCAACCCAAAUGUUUUGGGUUUGGAAAGUACCUCCCAAAGCUGUACUCCUUAACUUCUGUUGUGUAGCAUGGGCUUCUGAAGCACUUCUCAGUAAGGCAAUGUAGAGCUUCCACCAGGCAGCCAACACUAAAAUGUUAAAAAUAGAACAUGCUUCAAGAAUGCCAGAUAUUUUCAGAUAACAAAGAGUGAUUUAUGUGGGCUCCCUUUUCAGUUUGACAAAACAUAGAAGGGCCUUUGUACUAUGAUUAGCACGCGUGCUGAUGUCAGUUCUCUUGUCUAGCUUCAAGCUUUAUUCUGCUGCUAAAUUGUGCUUUUGUGCUAUAAUCCAGAGAAGCUUUGUGUCUGCCUUAUUAGUGUGUAGUUUAUGGAAUUGCUUUUGUUUCUGAGGAUAGUCUGUGCCAGUUUCAGUGUGAGUGACUCAUUAUGCAACUGAAAUAAACAUUCCCAUUUUCACUAUGUGGAAAAAGAAAUCUUCUGGGGAGAUAAGGGGAGGGGGCACAGAAGCAGGUGUUAAUGGUCACUGUUUCAGAUACUUGGUACUUUGUGGCUUGCCAGGCUAAAAAGAAGGUCUGUUUGGAUUAUCAGUUUAUGAAACUGGCUCCAGUGAGAGUUGUAUUUUGCCCUCCAUGUUGAAUUGGGUCUCUGUUAGCACUGAAAUACAGAGGCGAUUUCAACUCAUGAAUGUGCAGAAUUAGGAAGUAAACUUCCAAAUUACCUUCAUUCGGUGUGUUGCAACCACAUCAUUAAACAAAUUGCAACUCAGUUUUGUGCAGCAUUUUAUUCUGUAUUGUAUCUUCUCCUGCCUUCCUCCCCAUUAGCAUUUUUUACACAACCCAAAGAACUUGAUCAUUAUUAAGGGUAUACCAACAACAUAGGACUUACAACAUUCUUUAUUAGAUCACUCCUGUCUUAUUAACAGUUUUGUUCAUGUAUUUGAAGGGUGUGGAGGGGGAAAGCAAACUCAGGCCCCUCCAAGUAAAAAUGACCUCCCCAAUCAGAUCUGGGAGUGGGGCAGGUAACAACUUCUGGGUCAGGAGGGACAGGACUGUUCCUUCUGCACUGAGACAGCAUUGGAAUCCCCACAGAAUGCUGUUUGAUGGAGUGACCCUCCUCCUUUGCUGUUGUUAGUGGCAGUUUUGGUUUCUUGGUCUCAGUAGACAGCAACCCCUCCCUGGAUGUACUCUCUACCCAGAUCAGAUAUUUUUUCUGCCUGUAGGCAUCUCCCCCCUCCUCUCCCCCCCCAAAAGCCACAUAAUUGGAAGUUAAACAAGUGUUUGGAUUAUAAACUGUGCAAAUAUGAGUUGUACUGGAACUUCUUCUUCAAAGCUGUUUAAAACAGGCUGUGCCAAGUUGCCAUCUCUGGUCCAAGCAAACUGAAGAAUUGCCGGGGCGACACAGGAGUCUCAGUCUAGUCUAGCAGCAGCACAAUGAGAGCUCCAAUGAUAGUAUGUGGUCAUGUAAAUUAUAGUAUAGAAGAGGAAGAAUUUUCAUUCUUGUUUUCAUUCAGAAUUCAGAAUUUUGCACUUUGUAUUGCAGUUGUGAGUUUAGAUAGCAUGCUACUUAGAUCUGCCAGUUACCUAUUGGGAUUAUUGUUACCAAGCCUACACAUGUCCUGGUUUAUGUUACAUGAACACAUGUGUUUAAAAGUGCAACCAUUAAGGUAUGAUAUUUGAAAUCUUUGUUCCAAAGUUUGCUAUAUGUCACAGAGGUUAUUGCACUGUACUUACACUUUUAAUCACUUGGGGGAAUUAGCAAAUACAACUCAGUCCCAGUUUGGAGUUAAACACAAUAAUAUUUACUUAUUUGUGUGCCAAAAUUGUGGUGAGUGAGUAAUUUGAUUUGUGGUUUGAAGCACCAAAUGCACUAUUACAGAAUUGCAAGAUGUGUUGGUUGUUGAAAAACUAUAUGCAGGCUAUCCAAACCCACAUGGCCUGAACCAGUAGCUGACACUUAGGUUGCUACUAUCUUAGAGACAGCAAAAGAUGGAGGCAGGGAGUCUAAUGGCUGCUGUCGUGUAAGAAGUGAGAAGCAUUGUCAGGGAUGUUGCAGGCUAAGGCAUGCCAGGAGGAUGAACUAUCAAGUGCAAAUGACCUGGGCUUGGACCAUGGGAGGGCAGAAAGAUGGCAAGAUUUAAGAAAUGAAGCAGGUGGAGAGAAGUGAGAGGAAUAAAAUGCCAAACACUAUUUGUCCCAGAGAAAGAAGGGGAGGCUUCCUUGAGGUCCCAAGCAUGCACUCUGAUGUCCUUGGAACGCUCAGCCAAAUAGGAUUUUAAAAUACUGUACAAAUGUUGUCCAGAGAGCAUGUGAAACUUGCGUUCCCUUAAAGUUCCUGCCUAAACCACCAGACAAGGAGAAGAGGCAGGGAGGAGGUCUGCUCCCAUGGGGAUCCUUGACGGCAAGUAGACUAGGCAAAGUGUGGUGAAUGGGGCAGUCUCAUGGGAGAAACACUUAACUUGUGGAGCAACGCUCCUGGCCAGAAGACUGAACAAAGUGGGAACUGAGGGGACAGGACUUCCUGAGGGAAGCAGUCUUAAAAGACAGUUACAUUAGGGACAAAGCAAGAUGGAGGGGAACAUUGGGAGCUAAUUAACUCAGUUGCUGAGUCAUUACCAAGCUUAUCAAUGCAAGUUUCCUGCUGCAUAGUGGCAGGGAUGUCACGAAGAGUCUUUGUCCAACCUGGUGACUGAGAUGACUUUUGUGGGGAGAGGUGGAGGCAUUUCCCAUUCAAAGUUAGACUUACUGUAAAUUUCGACUUAAUUCAAUUACCAGACGUAGGUGCUUGCUGGAAGGUGUCCUAGAAGUGAUUAAUGUUAUUUGAAUUUAUGUUGCUGAGAUAUUUGGGGGGGAGGGGGCAGCAAUUAGGCUUUCAUGAUUGAUUGUGCAUACCAGUUCUUGCAGGGAAAUUCUCCUAUGCAGCAGCUACUGUAGAGAUAUUUGGUAGAAGCCACUAGAGCUCCCCAUGAUGGGACUAAACUUGAACUGCCACAGUUUCCUCUUAUUGUCUUGCAAUGGCACUGCACUGAUUGUUCACAGUACUCACGUACUGCUCAACCAAGCUAUGGCUUGGCGUGAUAAGUGAACACAGAGGGAAAAUUGUGGCCCCUGCCUGGAUCUACACCGUGCUAUCAAGAGCUAAGUCAUCAUUUGGCUUAGAGUUGGCUGCACACCUGACCCCCAUGGUUUGUAUGCUCAAGACAUGGGUUGUUUUUGGCUUACCCCUAUGAUUGCUCAUUGAUGGGUAUCUGUGGCUUCGCUUAGCAUUACAUGUGAACUGGAUCAAUGUCUCUGGGCAUGUGCAGAGUUCCAGUCGAACUGAGUUUCUUAGUAACAGAUUGCACUCUGGACCAACCAUGUGCCUCCUUUUCCCUCUUAGGCCGCUGCUGUCCCUUUUAGUGGAGGUUUAGUGAACUAAAUAAUAAUUCAUGAUAUUUAAGAUUUCCAGAACUUUGGUCUAAGAUACAAUUUUACAGCUUUGAAUAUUUUACAAAACUGUUUAUUGUGUCCAGCGCUGGUCGAGUAAUGCACUGGUAUAAAAUAUGAAUUGCCUGAAUCUUUUCUGCCUUCCCUUCUCUAGGCGUGGAAGAGGAGAUGGUUUGUGCUCCGCAGUGGUCGACUGACAGGGGAUCCAGAUGUGUUGGAAUACUACAAAAAUGACCAUGCCAAGAAACCAAUUCGUAUCAUUGACUUGAACUUGUGUCAACAAGUGGAUGCUGGAUUGACAUUUAACAAAAAAGAAUUUGAAAACAGCUAUAUUUUUGACAUCAACACAAUAGACAGAGUCUUCUACUUGGUUGCCGACAGUGAAGAGGAGAUGAAUAAGUGGGUUCAAUGUAUUUGUGAAAUCUGUGGGUUCAACGCUACUGAAGAAGGUAGGAUUCCCCCCUUGGUUCCCCCUCCCACCAUUUAAUUUGUAUUCUUUUCCCCUAGGAACCCCAAAGCACUCUAUGAGACAAUUGCAAGGCAGUGCAGAUGUCUGCUGUGCUGUGUUUGCUUGUUUUAAAAAACUGCACAGUGUUUGGAAGUUUGCAAAUAUUGGGUCAUCAUGUAGACACAGUCAACAACUGAAGAGUUGUGUUUUGAAUUCUUUACACUAUAUAGAGCCACAUUUUUGUAUGUUUCUCUAGAAGGCAUUGCCUUUUUGGAAGCAAAAGAGAAAGGUUCUGUAUUUGGUUUUAUAGGCUUGAAUAUUUUUAGGACAGUAUUUGUAUAGUGGCUAGUUACGAGUUUUUAUAAUUUGUCUGGCUGUAGAUUUAAACAUAUAUAUUUGUGGUUGUAAUAAGCUAGCUGAGCAGCUAAAGCUUGAUUGCAGCUUGAGCAGUGGGGUGGACUUGCCAGACUGUGGUUAAGUGGAACAGUGGCCACAGAAAAGCAGAUCUUUUAGUACACAGCAAUAAAAUAAUAAUAAUUAAUGGAACCUGACUUAGUAUUUGUUACCUACCAUUGCAAAAUUCCCCAAGGAUCUCAAUGGCUACCCCCUGCUUAUUCGUUCAUAGACACAAAAUAGAAUUUAUUCACUGACUAUUCUGACUUUCCCAGCAUGUCUUGGACCAUGUAAUGGCACUUUUAACAUGAAGAAUGUCUAGCUGACUUGUGUUAACGCACCAUCAAUGUCUCCAAGAUGUCGCAUUGCCCUCAUUUCACCAUUAAUGCUUGGAAGCUAAGAUAGAAGGGUUCUGCUGGUGCACUGGGACUUCUGUUUCCCCUUCUUCUCCUAUGUUCCCUUAAAAUCUGCUCUGGUGUGUCCUCUGGAGCUAAUUUUAAAGACCUGUGGGGAGCUGGAGGGGAGAGGAGAGGAAAAAGACGCUCCAGUGCAUGUAUGGAGCUACAGUGUUGGAUGUGGCUCCUGGUUCACUUGUCACAUUAAACCUUGGCUUAGGACAAAUGCAUAUGCUCCCCAAGUCCUCUGAAGUGGGACUUAUGUUUAUGCUCUCUCCAGACUAACCACAAGGUGUGACCAGGAACAAGUCUUGGCUAUAGCUCGUGGUUAGUGAGGACAGAGCUUAACCAUGAGUUCCGGUUUGUACAACACAUUAAGUCAAGCCUUGGCUUAGGUCAAAUGGCCACAGGCAGCAAAAAGGGAGGCACAAAGCACCUGUCAGCUGAUUUCCAGGAGCCCGUGCAUCCACACCAAGUCAACAUCUUGCCCAAGACCUUGCAACUAUACUGUGGUUAAGGUGAGAUUUUAGCCCAAGUCUUCCUAGUAUGAUUCUGAAAUGCGAAGAAGGCUUUUCAAAAUUGUGUCCUGAUUUUUGUAAGGUUUCUGCAGAAAAGGCAAGAAAUGCUGUUUGAAUCCUUCAGCAAGAGAUAGAUUUGCACAUCUAAAAAUCUGAGAAGCGAACAUGCAAUUUUUAGAUGUUCAGAUCUUGCUGAAGGAUUCAAACAGCAUUAAUGUGAUUGUUUUGAAAGAUCCUAUGAACACACAUUUUCAUUGUGGAGGAGCAUUUGAAACUGGCAUCAUCCACACAUGUCUUGAGGCAGUAGAGUCCGUUCUGCCACCUCAUUCCUACCCCUAGUUCACUGCGUAUGUAGACUCUGCCUCUUUAUUAUUGUAUCCUUUGUACAGGAUACAAAGUGAUAUUGAAUGUAGGAUAAAAGAGGUGUAGGAAGUUGCCUGUACAAAUGUUCACAAUGUUGUACAAAAUAACGUGUGGGCUUUUAAUCAAAAUAGAUGCAUGUGAUUCAGAUGUACUCCCUGCUUUGGAUGAUGUGCUCUGAAUUUGCAUGGUUUACAGCUUGCAGACAAAACUCCUUUUGUCCCAUGCUCCUUUGUAAGCUAAUCACUUAACGUCCAUUGCCAUUGUAUCUGCAUAUUUUCUACUUGGUAUCAAUUUGAAGUGCAGUCGGAUUGUUUUGCUUCUGUACAGAUGUCCUAAGUGACUCAUUCCUGAAAAAGAGUUGCAGUGCAAGACAAUCACUGCAAGACAAUUUUGUUUGUAGCUGAUUCAUUACUUUCCAUUGCCUCUUCCCAUGUUCUGUGAAGUGUGCCUCCAUCUCUGUGUCUGAAUCUGACAUUGCUUAAGGUCUUAUCAUUGUGGAGGGGUGGAGCUGGUAUCUAAAACAUGUUCACUCUGCCUUUAAAGUAUUUAUUAUUUCCCAAAAGGUUGGUGGUAAUUUUCUGCUCAUAUGUAAAGCUGGAUAUUGGGAAAGAUCCAGUUUAUGUGUAUUGUACAGUGUGCUACACCAACAUAGGGGGUGUUUAAGAAGCACGCAUAUGUUAUAUUGUUGUUGGUGGCAACUAAGUACAGGGAGAGAAAUGAAUAUUUUGCUAUUCUGAGAGGUCUUUGGGGGUUAUUUGCUGUGGCUUUCUGAUGUUAGAAUUUAGCGUGCAGAUUCACCAAAGGACACAUUUGAAACAGUAAGAAGUCAGACACAACCCAUGAUAGUGGUUGGGUCUAGCUGUUCUCACCUCAAGACAGGUAAUCUGUAUCCCCCAGCACAAGGCAGGUAGUUAAACUAUGGAAUUUAUUACCACAAGAUGUGCUGAUGGCCACCAAUUUACGCUGCUUUAAAACAGGAUUAGACCCUUCUCCCAACUGCAAGAAGAAGAGUGGAAGAAAGAAGCAGCUGCCUAGUGAAGCUGGCAAGAUGAUGAGUAGGGCAUACCCAUUUCCCCCAACUGGCCUGAAUUUCUGACAGGAGAGACCAUUGAAAGUGGGGUGCUUACAUGGCUUGGCUAGCCAUGGCGUGCUCUUGCUUUAAAUGGAGCUUUGGAUCAACCCACUGGCAGGAAAAGGGGUGUUUCAAGGAACAGGCCACCACUCCUUCCAACAUAGGGCACUUGUUGCAUCCACCCCAGUAUGGGGAUAGUAACAGCAGGCUACAUUACAGGCUUGUAAUGUCAUUUGCCCCCCGUUAGUAAUGUGGCAUUUAUUCAAAUGCAAAUCACAUUAAUUGACUGAGCAUCUCAUGAUUAAUUGAUUUUUCAAAGGCUUCAGUUGGGCUUGGCUCUGAUUUAAAGAGACGUAAAUGCAAUUAAGCAAGGAUUGAAUGCUGCUGCAUGCUUUUUGCAUUUGUAGAUGCUGUGAAGCUACCUGGCAGUUCUCUACAGGCGCCUGCCGAAUUGCCCUCGGCUGUCAACACUUCCCUGCCAUCUGUGCAAGCAGAACCAUCCCUACCUCCUCCAUACCAGCUAAUUAACAUCCCACCAUCAGAGUCUGCCUCAAGUCAAGAAGAUCCACAAGACUACCUGUUACUAAUUAACUGUCAGAGCAAGAAGCCUGAACCCACAAGGUAAAUGUUAACUUCCUCCCUCAUAAAAGUGCUUAUGGUGACAAAUCCGACAUUGGCUGCUGCUGUUGCAGUUUGAACAUGUCUUGCAAAAGCCUGUCUCCUCCACUUGCAAUGGCAUUUGAUGCUCAUCAGUCUUGGACAGACUUAGUGCUGCCAUCUAACCACUGACAGUGACAAUGUAUUAAUUUUACUAUGUUAUUUGGUCCUUUAAAAACCCCUCACAAAACGUGGCCCCUGUCUGACAAAUGGAUAAGUGCAUAUGUAAACCCAUUUAUUUCAGUGGGUUUACUCCCUAUGGCACACCAUGGUCAAGGUGCUACAUACCUUCAGAUUACUUGCCUAUCUUAACAUCGGUACACUUUUUGGAAAAAAGCAAUGAAUUUUAUCCAUGAUUUUUCCAAGAACUAGGCUGCUUUUUGUUCAAAAUAGUUUGUGUUGCUGACCUCUCUCAAUUUUUAUCACGCACUUGUAAACCAGUUCAUACAUAAUCUCGGAAGAAGGGGAGGAGUAUUUACUGCUGGAGGAUUUUGAAAGUAAAAAGAUUCCCUUGCAGUGAGUGUAAUGUGAAUUGUUUGGGAUCUUGUGUUUAGACUUUAACCUCAAAGCUAUAACUUGCUUGAAUCAAUUUCAGUGUGCGUGUGUUGCACGUUGUGCUGUGGAAUUUUAAUAAGCAAUGCAAAUAAUAACCACCUGGAGGAUGCAAGCAUACAAAAAGGAUUGUGUUUCGGUGUGCAAAGCUGUUUGUGCUUUUGUGGGCAUUUUUUUUUGAGGGGGGGUGCUUUUAAAAAUGAUUCAGAGAAGAAUCCUUGGAGGUGUUUUUGUAUAUUAUGUUGGAAACUGCCCAGAGUGGCUGGGGCAACCCAGUCAGAUGAGCAGGGUAUUAUUAUUAUUAUUGUUAUUAUUAUUAUUAUUAUUAUUAUUAUUAUUAUUAUUUAUUUUAUUACUACACAUAACUGAAGACUGCUGUGGCUGCCCUGCAUUCUUUGUAUUCUGCUCUUUUUUCUUUCCCCCGACAAAAAUCCAACAGUUGCAUUCCCAGUCCAGCCCCAAAUGACAGGUAGCUAUGCUAUUCAUACCUUGCCAGUUAGCAUGUCAUAGUAAACCGUAGUUAAUGCUCCACUGUGGGCUUUGAGGUGGCUUGCAUAUUGCUCCUCCCCAUUAGCAUGUCAGAGAAACACGACCCCUGGCUUAAUGUUACUUCCACAUGGGGACUGUGGUUUUUCUGUGCCAAACCAAUUAUGAUUGCUAAGCCAAUUAAAAAGCCUUGGCUCCACAUCACGGUUCGUUUGGAAUGAAGCAAAUCACAAUUCCUAGUUUGGAAGUAACACUAACCCAGGGGGCGUGGUUGAGCUCCAGGGAGGAGGUGAUGCUCAUCAUACGAGGGGAAGAGUGAAGCAGGAGCCCAGCCAUAUGUUUGAGGGGAAACAUUAAGUAUGGUACACUGCAUGGCUGGCUGACCUGUGACCCUCCUGAUGUCAUUGGACUCCUAGCUCUUAUCAGCUCCAACCAGCAUGGCCUCAUUAAAGGAUGGUGUAAGUUGUAGUCCACCAACUCUUGUAGUGCCAAGAGUUAGCAUCCCUGUGAUGUGCCAAUGCAGCCCUGGGUUAACAAAUUCAAGCAUUUCAUGCCUCAGCCUCCUUUAAGUAUACAGGCUUUUUCACUUUUAAUUCCCUGCUAUGUGAGCAAGAUAGGUUUGCUGAUUUUAGAACAUAAACAUCUUCUCUCUAUGUGUUAUAUAGUGGUUUUAUGAAUGGCCACAAAAUGCAAUCAAUACUGCAUGUAGCAGCAGGUUACAAUUUGCAAAUCGUCUCAGUUCCUGUCUCAUCUUAACAGGGUUUCCCCUUAUUAUAGCACCAAGCUUGCUUGCUUUUAAAAACAAACAGUAUUUAAAUAAAAAGGAUGAAACUGAAGCUCUCAAACUGAAAUUGAAAAUCUCACGGUUGAAAUGACUGAUGAGUAUACUUCAAAACUGAAAAAUAAUACUCUUGUUCAGUUAUUUAGGGUGUAUAUUGUGACUAAAAAUAGUACCUAACAUUUAUUUAUCUAUUCAAUUUAUAUCCCGCCCUUUAUCCCAAAGGAGCCCAGGGUGGUGAAUUUAAGACUUAACCAACAUGUUCCAAAUUAUCCUCACAUUUUGACUGUAAUCAGCUUUGCAAAUAUUAAUUUAGGAAAUGGUCACCUGAUUUAUUUUCAACUUGUGUGAUUUUUGGCCCUUCACCCCAACUACCCUUGUAAUACCCUUCCCACCCGAAAUCUGCAAGACAGAUAGGAACUGAGACUUUAGCAGUGUACAGUGCAGAAAUAUAGAGGAUCGUUGUGUAGCUAUUCUUUGGAUCCAAACAUUAGAAUGAGAUCGACAUGUAUGCAUAUGCAGCCUUUGUGAUUUCACCCUUUUUAACACAAUAAGAAACUUCCCCUUCUAGUAUAAAGAGUCCAUAUGUUAUAGGUGCAUGAAUGUGAUUCACAUAAAAUCAAACUAUUAGUUAUAGUUUACAGUUGUGAUUCACUGUUUUCAGCUGAUUAUUUUGCAAAAUGUGAAAAAGUUCCUGUAAUAAACUUGGGAUGUGCCAAGAAAUUAUUUUCUUUUUUAAAAAAAUCUUGCAUUUAGGUCACAGUCUGACUCAGCAAAAACUGCCUCUUCAGAAACAGACUGCAAUGAUAAUGUGCCUUCCCAUAAAACAUCUGUACAGUCGCUGAACAAGCAUGCGGUGAAUGGGUUUUUUCAACAGCAAAGUGUCUAUGACUCUCCCCCGCCGAGAGCUGCCUCUGUAUCUGUGGAUGGCAGCCUUUAUAAUUUGCCAAGGAGCUAUUCGCAUGAUGUUUUACCGAAGCCAUCUCCUUCUGGGACUGAUGCAGAUGGAGAGCAACAUGUUUUCAGUGUUCCAUCUGCAGCAUCUUCUCUUGAUGCACAACUGAAGGCUUUCUCCAUUAGUUAUGACAUUCCCCCAACACCUGGAAGUACGUACCAGAUUCCACGAACUUUCCCAGAAGGAACAUUGGCUCAGAGUUCGAAGCUAGAGACUAUUCCAGAUGUCCCUCCACCUCGGCCGCCGAAACCUCACCAUCCUUCAGACCGCUCACCUGUGGAGGUGUGCAAUAUCUCCCGCACUUCCUCAGACACUGAUAGCAGCUACUGCAUCCCUACUGGUGGAAUGCCCCCAUCGCGCAGCAACACAAUUUCCACCAUGGAUUUGAAUAUAUUUCGUAAAGGUUAGUGUUCUUCCAUCUGGCUAUGCUUUAACACAAAUCUUCCUUGCGGUGCUCCCGAAAUUCAGCCUCUCUAAAAAAAGAGCAAGAUCUGCCCUGGAAAUCUUGGUUCUUGGGGGGAAACUACACAUUACACUUCAGCUGUAAGAAAUCACACCUCAGUUCCUACAUACUGAUUCUCAAUAUUCUCUAAAUACAGGAAAGGUGUAUUUAACUUUUCCAUUCCUAGUUGCUUUCUCCCUGGUGCUUCCCCAGCUGCUUAUACACUUUGCAGUGUUCCAGACCUGGGUUUAUCUUGAAAAUACAGGCUUUGAACUCUGCAGCGAAAAAAACAGCUGGAAGCAGGGAUAUUCUAGGAGAAAAGCUACUUGCAGGAUUCUUUUCUCCAUUGCAAAUUACCUCUGAGAUUGCUUUGCAAUGGUUGAGGCCUGUUGACUCAGGCUAUGUUUUCCUUUGGCAGAUAGUUAAGUGGACUCAAAAGCUCUCAUUUUGGCUUCCAAGUGUUUGCUUGUUUGUAUUCAGAUCCCACCUUUUUUCUAAGGAGUUCAAGGUGGUGUGCAUUGUUCUUUCCCUCCUCAUUUAAUCCCCACAACAACCCUGUGAGGUAGGUUAGGCUGAGAGGCAGUGACUAGCCCAAGGUCACUCUGGGAGCUUCAUGGCUGAGUGAGGAUUUGAACCCUAAUUUCUCAGUUCCUAGUCCAACAUUCGAACCCCUACACCACACUGGCUUACUUAAUGUGGAGGGAGUGGGCAGCAUUGUGGUCUAAACCACUGAGUCUCUUCAGCUUGCCAAUCGGAAGGUUGGCGGUUCGAAUCUGCACAAUGGAGUGAGCUCCCAUAACUUUGUCCCAGCUUCUGCCAACCUAGCAGUCCGAGAGCACACCAGUGCAAGUAGAUAAAUAGGUACUGCUGCGGCAGGAAGGUAAAUGGCAUUUCCGUGCUCUCUGGUUUCUGUCACAGUGUCCCGUUGCACCAGAAGCAGUUUAGUCAUGCUGGCCACAUGACCCGGAAAGCUGUCUAUGGACAAACGCUGACUCCCUCAGCCUGAAACGAGAUGAGCACCACACGCCAUAGUCACUUUUGACUGGACCUAAUCAUCCAGGAAUCCUUUCCCUUUCCCUUUCUUACUUAAUCUGAAUCACCAGAAAUUCAUUUUUAUUUUUUUACAAAGAGGAUUUCCAGCCAGGGAAAACUUUUCAUAUAGGUAAUUACUUCACCUUCCUUGUAAAUCAGUGAAGAUCUUAAAUAUAGGGGAUUGUUUGGGAGCUGAGAAGCAGGAACCUGUGAGCAGAAAUUUCUUUGUGCAAGAAUCAAGACAGUGCAACUCUGAAUUCAUGUUACAAAUAUGCUGAUGUAUGAUGUGUCUGUGUGGUGUAAUGGUUAGAGUUUUGGACUAUGAGCUCUGAGACUAACGUUCGAAUCCCCACUCAGCCAAUGAAGCUCACAGAGUGACCUUGGGCCAGUCACAGUGUCUCAGCCUAACCUACAUCACAGGGUUGUUGUGAGGGUAAAAUGGGAAGGAGGAGAACCAUGUACAGCAUCUUGAGCUCCUUGGAAGGAAAGGUGGUAUGUAAAUGCAACAAACAAAUAAAAGAUGUGCUACAUUAACUGCUAAGAUACACUCUAUAAGAAAUUCAAGAUAUAUAGACUGUGAUUAUUGUUAUAGCUCCCUGUUGUUGUUUUUAAAGGAUCUGUUUCAAAAAAAAUUGGUGGACGUGAUAGACCUCAAAAACUCUUGAUCUACUUUGUACUAAACCUGAACAGAUUUUUUAAAACAAUAUUUUCUGAGUUUGCAGAAGUUAGUGGAAGUUGACAUUAUGCUUUGUGGAUGUCUGGAAUCAAUCACAGGUACCUAAUAAGAUGGCCUCCACAAUUUUAAAAUAAACUUUCCCAACCUUAUAUAAACUGAAGUUUUCUAAUGGCACACCCGUAACUCAUUAUAUAUAGCUCUUACAUUUUCCCUUCUUUUCUGCUUGCCUUGCAUUUUCCUUGUCUUUAUCCAGUUUAAUAAUCUACUCCAAAGAGUUUGUUGUGUGAUUUGCAAAGUACCAUGUGCAAGGAUCGCACCUUAUAAAUAACACAUAUGGAUGCCCUCAACCAUUUCCCAGCUCUAUAAAGGCGCUUGAGAGCUUCGGCGAUGGCCUGGCUUUCUGAAGCAAUUAAGGUUUUAAUUAAAAUUUACUUGGUGUGGUUUUGUGUAAAAUUCAGAUUCUGGAUAAAUAUUCAGACAAUGGACAAAGACAAACUGUGGGAGUGGUAUGGGGCUAAGAAUGCCAGGGGUGAAAAGUGAGUUUAAAGAAUUAAGAAGGGGAACAAGGGGAAGCCAGAAGGCGGCACAUAGAACAAUUGUUAGCAAUGUAAAGUGGGGUGGGUGGGAGGCAGGCAGAGUCACCUGUGAAGAAAUGGGGCCAGGAGAGAGUAAGGGGAGGUUUCCAUAUGUUGUCCAAUAAGACACACAUGUAUUGACCAAUCACUAGUCAACAUGGUUUUUCAUAAUGAAGAUGUUCAGUUUUGUAUCACUUUGGGCUGGGCUGUGCAUUUCAGAAUGGUUGUGUGUGAAAUGUUGCCUAUCCUGGUAUUUCUAUUUCUUUUAAAAAAAAAAGCCUGCUGUAAUCUGCGGUGAAUGGUGGUAAGAAAUGUAAUACUACUACAACAGUUAUUUGCUUUCUAGGUUUUUUUUAAUACAUACUCUAUUGUAAGAUCUCCCUCUUUUUAAAAUUUCUCCUCAAUUUCUUCUCCUUCAUGUGGUCUGGGUGCUUUUGUCACUUCCAGAUUUUAGGACUGGCAGUGCCUUGCAUUCAGACUGCAUAACCAGACAUAGACAGCAGCAAGAUAGCAUCCAGGAAAUUUCCCCCCUUGUGCUAUUUGCAGCUAAUGGUGUGUGUUAUGCCACCAGGUGUAAAAAGGAGGGAAAACAAUGCUUUCUUUCUUCCCCUUUCUUUAGAUAUGGGUUCUCAAGAUUGCUAUUUUAUUCCACGGACAUUUCCGAAUGACAGAUCAAGCUCAUUGGAAGGUUUUCAUAACCACUUUGUAAGUAUGUUUUGAUUUUCAACAUUAGCACAAGGCAUAUCUGCUUAUAUAUACUCUGAUACGGAUGGAGGCAGGGCUGUGAAAUCCUUCUACACAGAAUGCUUUGUUCUUAAUAUGAUAAGCAGGCUAGUUCAUAGUGUUGUGUGAGACAACAGGGGAGGCAAUUGAGCCUUGGGAGGGAGGGGAGGUAAGUGAUGGGGAUAGCGGUUAAGAACAUGGGAGGCUGCAAAGCUCACAUCACCCCCCCGCACUUGACUAAAAACAUGUAGAGUGUGGCAGUCAGUUACAAGAUAGAGACAAAAUGUAGAUCCUGGCUGGAGCUUGUACAAUGCAAAUGGGGUGAAGCAAUUCCAUAGAACCUGCAAAAGGGAAAAAAAGACACACAAAUGUUUUGAGACUGGUCAGGUGUUGUGCAAUAUAUGUACGCUAAAUUUCUGUUCACCUGUUCAGAAUGUUGUUUAAUUUCUUGCUGUUCGGAAUCAUUUUUGUUUCCCAGAAAAACAAAAGCCUAUUGACUGUGGGAAGCGUUUCAAGUGAAGAAUUGGAUGAAAACUAUGUCCCCAUGAACCCAAACUCUCCCCCACGGCAGCAUUCUAGCAGUUUUACUGAACCUUUCCAGGAAAUGACGAACUAUGUGCCGAUGACUCCUGGCACUUUUGACUUUUCCCUCUUUGGAAUGCAAGUCCCUCCGCCAGCACACAUGGGGUUUAGGUCGAGUCCCAAGACCCCUCCCAGGCGGCCUGUGCCUGUUGCUGAAUGUGAACCACCACCAGUGGAUAGGAACCUCAAGCCAGACAGGAAAGGUAAGGAAGGGGCAUGCACUCCCAACCACUCUUGAGUGUUUCAUGAUCCUCGUUUUGUCCUUCCACCCACCCAUCUUGUUCCACAGAAUAAAUUCCUGCUUGAAAUUGAAGCAGCAAUAUUAACAGUGUACAGUUUCCUUUAAAACACACAGACCUCGACACUGACUAUAUUUACGGUUGUUUUGAUUAAUCACUGGAUUGUACUGCUACUUCUCAUCAUAUGUGAAAAAACCUGUGACUGGAUCAGAACCUGCGUUUUCAUUUGUGUUUAGAAUCCAUUUAAACCAGGCUUCUUCAAACUCGGCCCUCCAGAUGUUUAUGGCCUGCAACUCCCAUGAUCCCUAGCUAGCAGGACCAGUAGUCAGGGACGAUGGGAAUUGUAGUCUCAAAACAUCUAGAGGGCCGAGGUUGAGGAAGCCUGACUUAUACUUUUUUAUUAUUUUUUGGUAAGGCUAGCAAAAGUACACAUUCAGAUGAUAUGGAUAUAAAGUAUAAUAGCUGCGAUUCUUACAUUCCAUGCAUAGUACAGAUGCUGCUGCUUUAAAAAUAGCAUUUACAAAAACCUUAGUACAGGCUUCCUUUAACUCGGCCCUCCAGAUGUUUUGAGACUAUAAUUCCCAUCAUCCCUGACUACUGGUCCUGCUAGCUAAGGAUCAUGGGAGUUGUAGGCCAAAACAUCUGGAGGGCCGAGGUUGAGGAAGCCUGCCUUAGCAGGUAGGCAUAUGCUAAGUAUUAGCAGUUUUGCAUUCUUUUUCAUUCACAUAAAAUCCGCAAUUCACAAUUACAAACAACCUGUGGGCAGCUGACCGUCAGAUUUUCUGUACUGUCUAUUUAAAUGUAUGAGUUUCUAUGCGCAUAUGCCUUUCUGAAGGGUCAAAUACUUAGCUGUUUGCAUUUGGCAUCACGAAUCUUCCUCUCCCAGUUAACAGCUAUUUCCAUAAAUGAGGAAGAGACCUCUGGAAGGCUGUACCAGAAGCUACCUAACCUGGCAGCAUUGGCCAGUGUAAUGUAUUGUGAAUUAAUGGCUGCAUUCACACAUCACACUACUUUAGCAUAAUGUGGACCAGGAGGAAUGUGUUGUAUGCAGCAUCUGCCUUGCACCCUCUCACGUUUCUCCGUGUGGCUGGAAGCGGCAGUGCAGAGGCUUCUGCUUUUGCUUAAUCGCAUCCAGACCAACAAACUGUGAUGAACAUUAACCGUAUGGCUAGUUUCUAUUCACGCCAUAACUGAUUGAAAUUGGGUUUUUAAAACUAAUCAUAUUUACUGGUAACAGCAACAUUCAGCUAACAUGGCAAACUGUGAUUAAAGUAAAAGCCUAAGCAGAAGCUUCUAAACACCAACACCUGACCUGCAUGUUGAGGGAAAUGAUCAAGGGAAGUAUAUGAACCCAAGGCUCACUGUGGCUCAUUCACAGGGGAAAUGGCCAUACGGAGACAAGCAAGUCUUAAUUUUAAAAAACUAAAAGGCACCAAAUGUUUAAGUAUAUAUGUGUCAGAAAUAAAUGUCAUUUCAAGAAUGUUUUUGACAGCACUGUGUCUAGUGAAUUAUGCAUUUGGGGUAAUUAUGCUUUCUGCUGCUUAAACCUCUCAAAGCUUGCAUGUGUUGGUGAUGGUAUGUUGCAAGCAGCAUUGCUAGCAAAUUGGAUUUCAGCUUGGGAAAAUCCCUGUUACCUCUCAGCACUACUGGAUGGCAUUCAUCUAAAAUCUAUUAGUUAAAUGGAACAAAAACAAACCGUAUUGAAUUGGUUGGUAAUAAAGAAUGAAAAAGAACCAUGCUUGCAGUUAGAGGGACGGAUGAGAUCAAAGUUCUCAGAAAGAUCUUGUUUGAAAUGUGCAUUUCCUUUCUUGCUCAGCAUUGUUGCCGUCUAUCCUGCUAUCGGCCUUUUCCUUCAGUAGAGCUAUAUUGAGAUGCUGUCAUAUUGAUCAUUGUUAAGCUGUAAGCCAAUAGUACAGAAAACUAUUUGAUGGCAAAACGCAGGUUAAAAAACACCAUGCUUUGAACCUGGAAUAUAAUCUAGAAUUCAGAAUACGUUUCUUAGUACAUAUGGAUGAAGAUGGCUCAUCUAGACAGGCAUUCUGUUCUCAUAGGGGCCAGUCAGAUGCCUUUGGGGAAGUCCACAAGAAGGACAUGAGCACAGUACCAUUUCCCCAUUCAUGUUCCUCAGCAACUGGUAUUCAGAGGUAUAGGGCCUCUGAUGCUGGAGGUGGAAGAAUGAGGUCUUCCCCCCACCCACCGAAUUUGAUACUUUUGCAUUUAUAAAUUGAACAUAUAGAGAAAAGACAGUUGUUGUGUGCCGACUUGGAAAAGAUAACAGCAGUUCUAUAACUUUAUAUAUGAAUAUACAUGCAUAUAUGUCCCCCUCCCUUUAUAUAAGGCAAAACAGAAAGCAAAUUUCACUUUCAAGUUUGGUUCUUGGGUUUGUCCUGUGCUCCUGUCUUUGUAGCUGUGUUAAAACAAGGAUGUAACAUUGCUUUUUUUAGUUUAUAUACCUGUCAAGAUAGUAACAUAGCAUUUCAUAUGCAGUGAUACAUGGUGAGCACUGCUAGGAAACUUUUAACUUGCUUAACUAAUGACAGCUGUCUCGUAUUCUGCCCUAGAGAUAUCUAGGUUGGAUCUUUAAAGUGCCUCUUGCUUGGAUAUCAAGAGACGCUUAAUUAAGGAAGUUCAUGGAAGGAAAGCUCCUUUCUCAUUCUCCUCCUUGCAUCAACCUGCACCCCUGAAAGGCCUCUGUGGAUGACUGGGAGUUAUCCUCAACAAUGGGAAAUAGGUUGUAAGUGAGUCUCUCUCUCUCUCUCUCUCUCUGUGUGUGUGUGUGUGUGUGAGAGAGAGAGAGAGAGAGAGAGAGAGCGCGCAGAACAGAACUUUCCUUCCAUGACUUUCUUUAGGUCAACUUACCUUAGGGUCCAAUACUAUAGGUUAACUCCUGACUAAAUUUUAAUUUACCCUGUUUAUAAAUAACUUUUCCCUGUGGCUGGUAAAGAGCAUUGCUUUUUCUGUGUAUUAAAUAAUCUUAAUAGUAGGUAACUAAGUUGAAAGUCUCUUUGAUAAGGUUUUGUUUUAUUUAUUUAAAAUUUAUAUUCUGUUCUGUAGCCCUCAAGAUGACUGACAAUUUUAGGUUACUGUGGUAGAGUAGACUAGAAUAGAAUUGUAACCCACAAACUGCUGAAGCCAGAUGUACAUGGAUAUUAACAUGGUUCAGUAUGACUAAUGAACUGUUCCCCACUUGAAUGACUUGUGACCUCAAGACAAUAUAAGGGAUAUAAAGAAGAGCUAACAAAGUCUUCUACAUUUUUUUAACUUUUAUUUUAUAUACGGUUGCAUUUCAAAUAAUAAUGAUCCGCAAGGCUGUUAACAAGGAAAUUAAAAUGGCAAUGCAUAUAAUCAAUCAACAAUAAAUGCAUUAAAAGCUAUGGUUUGAUACAGUUCAGCACAAUAAGAUACAGUAAGUACACUAGGACAAGCACAAGUUUGUGAAUGCGUCUUCACCAAAGGGAAGUCAGGUCUAUUGUUAACAGCUAAAAAGGGAUGUCCUCUGUAAACCAAUGCUGCAUCUUGGGGAUUAGAAAUUAUGCCUGGAUUUGGUUUUGUUUGGUUUUAAAUUGCAGCAAUACACAGUUUUACAGAUACCUAUUUAAAGAAAACCAAUUGGCGCAGUUACUUUCUUGCUCCAAAACAAGUUUUAUUCAUAAUUAGCAAGGAGAAAACUUAACCAGAAACCGAUGUUCAGAUGACAAACAAUGGCUUUGCUAAGGGCAGGGCAGCACAGGAGUAAAAAGGGCCAGAGAGGAGCAAAGCGGCUGUGAGCGCCUCUCCUCUCUAGGAGCCCAUACAUUUGCAUGGUCCCAGAAGGCCAUAGUUUGUCUUAGUGAUGUGUGAGCCAGGCCAAUGCAUCAGAAACAGGUGUUUUGUUUUUUUACAGCAUAUUAAUGUUAAAAAUUGGGGGCUCAGGAGUAGGAAUAGGAGGCAGGUUUAGCUCCAUACCAUUGGUAUAUAGCAGAGUUCACUCUCCCCAGAGUUCAUCCCUCCCCCCCAUCUUUAGUGGCAGACAUCCACUCAUUUGGGGCAAAAUUAAAUUCUUUGCACAGUCACUCUGUUUCACCCUGACACUGGCAGUCAUCCCACGGAGGCAGAAUCAGUACCUGUGCACAGAACGUGUGAUAUGCAUUCACCAGGAGGUUUCCACCACCAUCGGUUGAGCAUGUGCACUGCACAUCUAGUAGUAAUGCAUGUCUGAUCAUCACAUACUGUUUUCAUGCAUUUUUCUAUGUGGAAUUUUGUUUCAUAAAGUUAUUCUAAGCUUAGCAUGCUAAGGAGAUGGCCUGCAGUGAAGAACAUGAACAUAUGAGGUCCCAUUGGCUGCUGCAGCCAGAGAACAGCUUCAUUUGUAUUUGAAGACUGAUUUUGCUGGAAAGUCUUUUCCAAUAUAAUGAUCUUUUCCAAUAUAAUGAUCUAAUCAUCUUUCUCCUACAAGACAGUGGAGACAUCCACAUGGUAGUAGUCCAGCACAUGACGGUAGUCCAGAUCUAUAGGCCUUGCAAAAAGCCUACAAUAUAGAAAUCCGACAUAAUCCAAGGGGAACGAAGUCCAUAGCCAUGGGGCCACCACAGAGAAGGGCAUCUCCCUUGUGGCCACCCAUCUUACCAACCUAGGAGACAGGCAUCCCAGGGUAAGCCUCAAAAGCAGUUCUUAAAAUGUGAGCAGGAUAACAUUGGUACAGGCAGUCCAAUAAACAACAUGGGCUCAAAUCAUUGUGGGUUUUCAGGAUCAAGAAACUAAACUGAUCCCAGAAAUGCAUCAGUAUCCAGUGCAGUGCAGUAUUGUAGCCAAUAGGGUUAAUCCGAAGCGUGAUUAUUGCUCUUUGAAAACUUUCCCCACUAUCCCAAAAUCUGCUUUAUGGCAUAAAGAGCAGUAUUUAAGGCAACACAGAAAAGAUACUUUCCUACAGGAAUUAGCAUGAACUUGCCAUUACAGAUUGUGACCCACAGUGACCCUUCACAUACAUUUUGGAUGUGCAUUUUUGGCCAGUUCUGGACCAGCUGAAGUUUCCGAACCAUCUUUGAAGGCGGUGCCAUGUAGAGUGCAUUGCAGCAGUCUGAAUGUGACCAGAGCGUGGACUGCUGCUGUAAGGUCAGCUCCUCCAGAUAGAGGUGCACUUGGCAUACCAGCAGAAGGUGGUGAAAAGUGGUCCUGGUCACCGAUGCCCCCUGCACUUCCUCAGUCAGCUCCAAAUCUAGGAGCACUCUCAAACUGUGUGCAUGGCCUUUCAGGGGAUAUGACAACACCACCUGUGAACCUCCUUCCUGUAAUUAAGGAGACCCAUCAGUUGAUGGCAUUCUACCAUCUCUUCUUACAUUGUCUCUUCCAUGCAUGUUUCCAUCAUGCAUUCUGAAUGUCGUGCUUAUGCACUAGCAUGUGCUUUUGCCACACUGCAGGACUCUUUUCACCAGCUGCUUGCUUUCGCUUCUAAGCAUCACCUUUCUGCAAGGGGCUUGGCAAUUUGUUUAUAGGGUUCCAUUUUUUCCAGUUAUUAUUUAAAAAAAAAAAAAUAUUAAGAGAGACUCUUCUUUUUACCAAUUAGGUCAGAGCCCUAAAAUUUUAAGACCUAAGCCACAUGGUUUAGAGCGAACAGAUUCCCAAACCAUAGGUGAAUUUACUACAAGAAGAAAGGGUAUGUACUUCAGCACUGCAUGGUAUCUGGGGCUGUGUAUGGAAAUGUUUUCUAAAAGGGGAACUCUUAUAAAAACAUGGUCGUCGCUACUCUUAUCUCAAUUUAUUGGUCCACUUAUUUGUUAGCCGCAAUAUUUCCUGCUUAAGAGGCAUUCUUAGCACACAGAAAAUGGAAUAUGCUGUACAUAAAAGCAUCUUUCCUUCAGUCAGCAAUUAGCCCUGCCUGCUUAAUGAUUGUAUAACUGUUUGUUUUCAAAUAUAUUUCCAGUCUGCAGGUUAUUUUAACUAACGUUUUCUAAUGUGAAAUGCUUGAAGGUGCAGAUAGUGUGGCUAUUGGGAUGCAGCUAUUGGGAUCUUUAUAGGACUGCUUUAGUAUUACAAUACUUUUAAAAAAAAACCAACGAACUAUAUACAACAAGCACUGAAAAUUUGAGAUAGGCUAGUGUUUACUGCAUUGCCCCAUUGGAGAGGGAGGUUUUAAAUAAUGCUAGAAAAGUAGUGUGUUAUAAUGGCCAAAUCACCAUUUAGCACAUACCUUAGCUGUGGAUCUCACUGUCAUUUGAAUGAAACAGUUUUUCCGCUCCUAGUAUGUAUCUACUAAAGGUCUUCAGUUGUCAACUGUCGCUGCCCUCAAUCAGUGGACAAGUUGCUGCUCAUACUGCUUUCAAAAAAUAUUGGUGCCUUUGGAGACUUUGCAGCUGUGUGGAGCUCCAUUUGAGAUAGGCAAUGUUCCUGCAGCCCCAGAAUCUGGAAUAUGUGACAAAGAACUGUCCCUUUAGGUAUAUGCAGAAUGUAUUUUCCUCUCCGCUAGGUAAUAAGAAUCAGAGGAAAAGGCUUUCACUGUAGACCAUUACUUUACGAUGUAUAUAUCAUAGCACUUACAUUUCCAUGGACUUGCUCCUAGGUAUAUUUGUGUAGGCACAAUUUAAAAUUCCUGUGAAGUUCAUUGAUGUGAAAAUAUGAAGUAUACAUUUGCAUGUUUAUACUUUCAAAUGAUUCAGAGGACUUGUUAAAAGUGCUUCACAGUUAUGAUGUUCCCCAUCACCACACGAACACUUUAGAAUCUGUCUGAGGGUUUUAAGACGCUUUUAAAUACAAUCUGCUACUUCAGACUGCUCUGAAAACCAAGUGCCUUGAAAGCUUGUGAAUGGUGCAGUCCCCUACUCUGUUUGGGCAUUUGCAAAACAGACCCCUGUUAUCUAGUCUCAUAAAUACUGAAAAGUGCUUAAGGCUGUACUGCUACAUAAACAGACAGUGGUACCUCUGGUUGCAAACGGGAUCCGUUCCGGAGUCCCGUUCGCAACAUGAAAAGAGCACAACCCGCAGCGGCGCGUCUGUGCAUGCGUGGGUUGCGAUUCGCCGCUUCUGCACAUGCACGUGACGUCAUUUUGCGCAUCUGCGCAUGUGCGAGCGGUGAAACCUGGAAGUAACCCUUUCUGGUACUUCUGGGUCACCGCAGGACGUAACCUGAAAGAACUUAACAUGAAGCAAACGUAACAUGAGGUAUGACUGUACUUACGAAUAAGUCCCAUUGAAGUCAGUGGUUCUUACUUAUAAUACAGUCGUGGCUUGGAAGUUGAACAUAAUUCGUUUCAGAAGUCCGUUCGACUUCCAAAACAUUCAGAAACCAAAGCAUGGCUUCUGAUUGACUGCAGGAAGUUCCUGUAGCUAAUCAGAAGCCGCAGAAGCCCCAUCGGAUGUUCGGCUUCCAAAAAUAGUUCGCAAACUGGAACAGUCACUUCCGGGUUUGCAGCAUUCGUGAGCCAAACGUUCGAGAACUAAGCUGUUCAAAAACCAAGGUACGACUGUAAUAAUUAUAAUUUUAUUAUUUAUACCCCAGCCACUCUGGGUGGCUUACAACAUAUCUAAAAAUAUAAUAAAAACAUCAAUUCUUAAAAACUUCCCUAAACAGGGUGAUGUACUUAUGAGUACAUACUUAUUAGGUCUGUCAGAAACACCAUAUGCAGAUAAUUUACUGUAUGUGACUGACCUAAGUGCUUAAAACUGUUCUUUAAUCCUAAAUAAACUAGCCUGCAGAUACACUGCAAUGAAUCCUAGAAAGGUGGGAUCAAUUUCGGGGGGGGGGGGAGUGUUAUUGUAGGAUAAGGCUGGGGAUAUAGGGUGAUGUGCAACUAACAUGCUCAGAUUUCAAUGGGGCUCCUCUGAGUAUGACAAACAUUGAAUAUUACCCAUAGCUAUUCAUUUUGUAAAAUAGCAGUUAUGCAUUUUUAAUAUGGACUGUUUUCAAUUGCCAAUAAGUAUUGCCCCCUCCCCCAAACUAGCAGAGCCUUAAGAUAGCUACAUAAUCAUGCUACAUCAAGACAAUUUUUAAAAAAAUGCACCUGCAAGAUAUAACUCUGCUUGGUUAUACACCCCAGUGUCCCCACCCUUGAAGAUUUCAGGCCGUGAAAUGGUGUGUAAAUUUGUAAAGUAAAUAAAUAUGCAGAAAGGCAGUGUUUGCACUGACAUUUCAUUCUAAACCAUGGCUUAGCCCUAUAUACAUAAGCAGGAAGGAGCUGCUAUAAAUCUCAGGCUUGUACAUUCCCCAUCUCUUUCUCUUCCUGCAUGGUUGGGUGAAGGACUUUGGCAGCAUUUAGAAUCCUGGCUUGUUGUACCUUAUGAAACAGAGAUCAUGGUUUGAAACAACUUCUAGCGUGUUUCAAAACAAGAUGUUUUGAAGUUGGGUUGUUGUGAAAUUGACAAAAGUUUAAAACGGUUUAAAAUAAACCAUUCAGUAAAUAAGAGUUUAUUUUAAACCAUGAUCUCUGGAUCAUAAGUCUGGAUUCAUGGAAAGUAAAACUAAAUUCUACUGAACUUCUGCUACACAAGAGUGGAAGGGAGAGCAUUCAAGGCUCAAAGCUACUUCUUCCUAUUAAUGCACAUUAAUGAAACCUAUUAAAUUCUGCAUGUGUAAGAGAAGACAAACAGACCUGAAGAGCUUACAUUGGUGCAAAGAAAAGCCCUUUUCUUCCUAGUUUCUGUAGCAAAGCAGUUUGUGUACAAAACAGAAACCAUGCUGUUUAUAUGAGAGUUUGACUCAGUUUAGAUUGUUAAUGACUCACUGUGGUCACAAGAGCCUAAAAAGGUGAGAUUUGGAGGCACCUCAUAGAGUAGAUUCGUACAUUAAUGUUUCUAAAUGUAGUAAUUGUUAGCUGUUACAUCAUUCAAUUAGCAGUAGCCAUUAGUUAGUGUUUGAUAGUAAACUGAAAUUAUAUAUAUAAAACUCAAGUAUUUGAAGAAGCUCUCUAAUUUUAACACAUUCCUAUUCCAAAUUAUUUCCUCACCGACCUUAAAAUAAUGGGAAUUGCAAUAAUAUUGUAAGAAUUCCUUUUGAGGAACUGUAGUUCUUUCCUAGUACAUUAUUUUAAAAACUUGUUUGCUUCUUUAUAUAGUGAAACCAGCACCACUAGAAAUAAAACCUCUCCCUGAAUGGGAAGAAUUGCCAGCUCCAGUUAGAUCUCCGAUCACCAGAAGUUUUACACGAGAGUAAGUCUUCUCACCCUUUUAAGAAAUUAAAUAUUUGCUUUUGUGCAUAUGUGUGUAUUAUACAAGUAAACCUUUGGUGUGAAAAAAAGCAUUUCACCCCAGUUCUAUGUAUGCUUACUUAUAAACAAGUCUCACAGUGUUGAGAUUGUGUGUUUUGGUUUGGUGUGUUUUUGCAGCGUAAGACUACACAUGUUCAUUCAGAAUUACUUCUGAACAUGUUCAAUGCAGCAUAUACCCUAGUGCAGCGAUGGAGAACCUGUUUUCCUACCAAGGUCUACAUUUUCUUGGUGUCUUGGCAUCCUGUCUCACAACCUAAGACACACAAAUAUAUGCCGCAUUGUCAAAAAUGGGAUUUUAAAAAUUACAUUUCGAUACUGCUGUAAUGAUCAUCAUCUCUCAAUCUGCUUGGUUAUUACUGAGGUUUUUAUUGUAUUUUGCUUCAUUGAACUUUUAUUUCUUUUUUAAAAAGGUAUGGUGGUGAAGUAUAAAUAUUAUAAACAUUUUAAACAAAUAUAAUAAUACAGCUGCAAAGCAUACAUAAGAUGGUUCCAGUUUCACUUUUUAAAACCAGUGUCUCUUUAUUUUAGUUCCUCCAGGUUUCCUUUGUCUCCCCGACCAGAUUCAGUCCAUAGCACAACUUCCAGCAGUGAUUCACAUGACAGUGAAGAGAAUUAUGUACCCAUGAAUCCAAAUCAGUCCAGUGAUGAUCCAGUAUGUAGUUUUCAUUUUAAGUACUCUCUUUACUGUGCAGCUCUUUCUAAAAUGAUGUCACGGACCUCAUCUGCACCAUACAUUUGAAGUGGUAUCAUACCACUCAUCACAACUUUUUUGGGUGGGGAGGAGGCACUAUACUACAUGCUUUGAUAACUUCCAGAUUGGAUUAUUCUAAUGCAUUCUACAUUGGGCCACCCUUGAAGAUGACUCAGAAACUUCAAUUGGUCCAAAAUGAAGUGGCCAGAUUGCUGGCUUGGGUUCUUCUCAGAUCUCAUAUAUCCCAUGUUUUAAAACAACGGCAUUGUUUGCUGGUUUAUUUCUGGGUCUAAUUCAAGGUGCUCACGUUAGUGUUUAAAGCCCUAAAUGAUGCAGGGCCCAAAUGCCUGAAAGACCCUCUCCUCCCCUACAUACCAUCUUGGGAGGUAAGAUUGGCAGAGGGUGUCCUCUUGGUUGUUCCACUGCCCUCAGAAGCUCAGGGUAGGGGGUGGCCCAGGAGAGGACAUUCUCUGUGGCAGCCCCUAAGUUGUGGAACUCCCUUUCCACAGAAGUGCAUCGGGCACCUUCCUUAUAUAGCUUUUGGCGAAUGCUGAAGAUGCACCUCUUUACCCUGACAUUUGAUGCCUGAGCUAGCUAACUAGAUUGAAGAUAGAUAGAUAGAUGAUAGAUAGAUAGAUAUGGACCCGCCUUAUUUCUGUAAUUAUUAGUUGUUUUAAGCUGUUUUAAAUAUUGUGUAAUAUUACAUUAAUAUUAGCGUUGUAUUUUAAUUGUUGUAACCUGCUCUGGGACCUUAGGGGCAGGGGUAAUAAAUUGUAGUUAUAGUAAUAACUCUCUACACCCUUAGCAAACUACAGUUCCCAUAACUUUUUGAGAUGAAUCCAUGACCUUCUGAGGUAUGAUACUGCUAUAAAAUAUAUAGCACAGAUAGAGCUUUUUUAGUAUGGGACACAGGUAGUUAAACGGUUCAAGAAUGACAUUUUUGUUACCUCAUUUUCAGAAUUGCUUAUAUUCAGGGCUAUGUUACAAGGCAUGUUGCAAAAUGUGAUGUGUCUAGUCAGUUUCUCACGUGCUGUGCAGUGAGCACUACAUUCCAUUAAAGUUGUCACCGUUGCUGACUUAAACAUUUUAAUUAUAAUUUCAGGUUCUGUUUGGGAGCAACAGUCUCGAUGGGGGAAGUAGUCCUAUGGUAAAACCUAAAGAUAAGCAAGUGGAAUAUUUAGAUCUGGAUUUAGAUUCUGGAAAAUCUACCCCACCUCGCAAGGUAAACAAAACUGAGUGGUUUAUUAGUUACAAUAUAGGUGCCUUUCUGGGGUUAACAAGAUAUGUUGCUAGAGGUUCCCUGGCAUACUGGCAGAAAUGUUUCAUCAGUAUAGAUUUUCUUCCAGCAUUGUCAGACUGUCAGAACAGGGGUAAAUGAGGCCCAUGGAGUGUGGUUGUGCAUACACCACAUAACACAGCCCUUGCCAUGCCUGCAGAACUGGCAGACUACAACGAAUCAGUGAAAUGGGCUACUAUAGUUCAUUACCUUCAUUAUAGUCAAUGGGAGUGAAAAACUUCCCUUCUCAGCUGGGCAAUGAAUCUGGCAGUCAUUGUGUCAGGGGAUUUUUUUUCUCCAUCAAGAUACAGGUAAAUUUUUGUUUAUUAAAUUGUCCCAGGACAACUACUUACUUUUAGGAGAAAAUGCUGUAUUUAAUAUUUGCUUUUUCAUUCCACAUUACCACAUCACAAUUAAUACAGCUUUAAGAACUAAAUGACUUUUAUCAUCAGCCUCACUAAUUAAAAUUGGCUUCUGCCUAUUAAUACUAAACCAGCUUCAUCUAUCAGUUAAAACUUGCCACCAGUAAUCUAGCACAGGGUUUCCCAAAUUUAGGUCUCAAGCUGUUUUGGGACUACCGUUCACAUCAUCCCUGACCACUGGUCCUGCUAGCUAGGGAUGAUGGGAGUUGUAGUCCAAAAACAGCUGGAGACUCAAUUUUGGGAAACGCUGGAGACUAGGUUUUGGGAAACCCUAUGGAAAACCAUGGAAUCUUUAAUGUCACCUGCCAUUAUAUUGCUACACUUAGGCUUUUCUUGCAGCCAGUUUUCCACAUACUGUACCAUGCUUUGAGGAUAGGUGAGGUGAAUAGGUGUUGUUUUAAUGAAAAUGGUACAGUGCAAAUAAUUAUAUUCACUGAUACAUUUGUCUUACAUUUUGGCAGGACCCGAGUUUCAAUGAGUUGCCCAUUGAACACUCUCACUUGAAAAAGUGGGGGAAGGAAAUAUGUGCAGAUUCUUCCUUACCCCUGCAGCCCCCUGAAAAGCUGUUCUCAAGAGCUGGGGUCUCCCUGGAACAGUGUAGUUGAUGGCUUGAGGAUUUGCCAGGGCAGGGGGGUAGAUUGGCCAAAACUGCCCCCUCCUUCCCUUGCUGGGAGACUCAGCUGAAUCUUAGUCCCUUCUGCAAAGAAGUCUUAUCUUUUCAUGAAAAGGAUGCUCUGAAGCCAACCUGUAGACUUGUUUUAGCUUACCUUGUUCUUACCCUUUUCUUCAUUUUGUCUCCAGAAAAAGAGCAGCGGUUCAGGCAGCAGUGUGGCGGAUGAAAGAGUGGAUUAUGUUGUGGUUGACCAGCAGAAAACACUAGCGCUGAAGAGUACGCGGGAAGCUUGGACAGACGGGAGGCAAUCCACAGAAUCUGAAACGCUAACUAAAAUUGUAAAAUGAAAAGAAAAGAGAAUCCUCUUGUCAUCCUCCUCAAAUUUAUAAAAAGAGCUGCAGUUAUGCCAUUAACUGAUGGAAGAGUACUGGACAAUUCUUGAAUGAUUCCCCCCCCCCCCCCAGUUAUAUGAAAAUCAAGGUGAUACCAUGAGAUAAAACAGUAACCUGUGGCAUCUGGGUAGAUCAUACAUGUAAAAUAAUGUGUAAAAUAGUAUUGCUUAGGUCCCAGAGAAGUUUUGGCCGGAAGUUAACACAUUUGUAGUAUUACAAUGUCUUAUGCACUUUCCCCCCGUUAAAAUGUUGGUUCAGCUUCCCCCGGCUAAUGUACUUCUAACGCCUUUUUCUCCCAACACUACUAUAUUUUAUAGCAUUCUAGAAAGUAAGCUACGUAUGAUAUAGAAAUCAAGGUCUGAAGUGCGUUUUAACAGCUCAAAAAUGAAUUAAUAAGAAAUAGUUUCACAAUUUUAAUCUACUUGAAAUGUCAAGAGAUGAUUUGUUAAAUACCUAUGUUUUAUAUUUAAUACAUGCAAAGAAUAUUUGGAAGGCUACAGGUUACCUUCCUAACAGACAUGGCUGUGACUUAAUAAUAGUCAUUAAUGGUUUUAGGAUCUACCCUUCUGUCUUAUGCAAUAUCACACCAAUACUGGAGCGCCUAUUGUAGUUUCAUUUGUGAUUUUGUUCAUUGUUCAGUGAUCAAAGAUUCUGCAGGGAGGGAUCUUUUGUACUGAAGAAUUAAACUUCGCAUAGUCCUGCAAAUCACUGAUGGGGUGCAGUAAUGAGUAACCUUACACUUCAUUUGCAAACCAUUACUUUUACAUUAUUUACAGAAGGUAGGAUCUCUUGAGAUCAGGUACGUACAUAGCACUGUGGUGCUAACACACUUAUCAGGUUUAAACAACGAGUUUUAAGUUUUCUACUUCUACCAAGCCUUAAUAUUGGUUUUCAGUAUGAAAAUUAAAGAGACAGUUUGACAUUCACUGUUUGUAGUACUAGAAAAUACUGUGAUUUUUUUUUUAAGUAGAAUUCAGAUGGAAAUACUAUGAGCGUUAUUCACCAUAUUCACUGUAGACCUGUUGAAAUCAAUGGACUUAAUGUCCAGUGAGCUCAGUGGUUCAACUCUGACUUGGUAGGAUGUAAUCCUAGGUCUUGACACCAUAGUGCUCUUUUAAUGAUCCUUAUUAUGCCUAGUUUCCUGCUUGGCCUUAUAUUUAAAUUCCUAUGCAAUUGAUAUCUCUUAACAUUUUGUGUUGUUGUUUUUAAAGAAAGGUGGUAUGUUGAAGUGAUCUCAUUCCCUCUCUCCUUUUUUUUAUAAAGUUCUUUCCCCAGGUACAGAGUCCAUAUUGAGUACUUUGUUCUAUUAAUUCUCUACCCCUCCUUCAAAUAGCAGCCCCCCCAAAUUAGAAACCAGAUUUAGUUGCAAGGAAGAAAAUGUACACCUUAAUCAAUCCAUUAAUCUUGUUAUAAUGGCAAAUUACUAAUUCAUUCUCACACGGAUGCAUUAAAGUAAAUUCUUCUCCAUACCUCUUGAGUUACAAAUGAACAUAGAAAUACAUUAGUAUUGUUUUAAUGAAUGCUGGCCUUAAUACUGUGCCUAAUUUCCUGUUGUCACCCCCUCAAUAGUAUGUAAAUUGUCUUUAUUCCUAACAUGGUUUCUUUUUAAAUUAGAAAUAUUUUGAUGUUUUCAAUUUUAUUUUUUUUGUAAAAUAAAAACUAAACAUGUUUCAUUCUGAGAUGAAUUUUAAAUAAAUUCAAGUUGUUCUGGUUAA